AUGGAUGGAUUUGAUGAUUGUUUGGAUGGAAGUGAUGAGAAUCAGGAGACAUCGAAAAGCAUUUCAGAUGAGAAUUCGAGGUUUUUCGAGAAUCCUGUACAAGUUUUGGAACACGGCGUUUUGACACCGACAACUUUGAGAUAUGGAAGAGGAGAAUGUCAACAUAGAUGGACUGUGAUUUCGCCGAAUGGCAAAGAUUUUGUGAUGAAGGUGAGUACGAAUCUGAAAAUCCACGUGGCAAUCUGAAAUUAGAGAACCUUCUUAGAGCUUGCAAAAUUAAUUUUUAAAUUUUUGCCGGAUUUUUUGAAAAAUUAAUUUCAGGCCAUAAUUUUUCAUUAUGAAAACGUCAUGAUUUUUUUCCUCAAGUUCAAAUUUACCACGUCCUCUCAAAAAAACAACUCCUUUUCUCCCCUGAAAUUUCCCAAUUUUUGCAGAUAAUUUGGCACAAUCCCUCAUUCCCAAAUCAACUUCAAAUCCAAAUUGAAGGCACAAAUUUAUCCGAAAAUCAAAUCCUCAAAAUCUCGCCAAAAAAUCAGACCUCCCUGAUUUUCCUACCAUUUUCCUCGUUUAUUUUAACCGCUUCCGGAAGUGAUACUCGAAAAAAAGAAUUUGAAAUUCAUUUCGCCGAACUCAAAGAUGACCCCGAAAAAUGCCACGUGGAAUCUGGAACUGGAAUUUUCUCGCUGGAAACUUCGGAAAUUACGAAAAAUUGCGAUUUUUGGUAUGAAAAAGAAGAAAAUGAAGAUUUUUUGGCGAUUCUGAUGCUCGAAAAUGAAUCAUCUGAAAAUUAUUUGAGCUAUGAAUCUGAAAAUUUUGAAAUUCACAAAAAUCGCCUGCUGGUUUUGCCAACUCGAAAAAUCCGCAUCCACGUGAAAUCCACAUGGCCUUCUGAAGAGAAGAGGAACCUGGUGAAAUUGCAAAUUUUUCCUAUAAAUUCGGAAAUUUUUAUCAAAUCUCGAAAUUUUGAGAUUUUUUGGUUGACUGGAGCAAUUGGAGAAUUGGCUGUGAAUAUGUUGGAAAUUGGAGGAAAUUGGGAUUUUCGAAAUUUACGAUUUUUCAACAAUCAAAGUUUUGUCGAUUUUUUGAGUGUGAAUUUGACGAAAUCUGUUGAGAGGUGACAAAAUUUGGGACUUUUUUGGAGGAAAAAAGAGGUUUCAGAAUAUUUUUAGAGUUUUUAGGUCAGGAUUUGAAGUUCUAGGCCACGUGUUUGGUUCUCUAGGCCGCCAAGAUCUUGUUUGGGGUUUUUAGUUCAGGGUUUGGAUUUCUAGGUCGUCAAAACCCUGAAGCUCUGGAGGUUAUUGUAGAGUAUUUUUAUUUUACCUUUAAACCUACCUACAGUAACUCUAGGCUACUGUAGUUAACCUGAGCAAUCUUAUGUUCCUUUGAGUUUGCAUACAGUAUCCUAAUCUUUUAGAUUCUGGAGUUCAAUGCAAUAAUUUUGAAACCAAACAUUUAUAGGUUACUCUUGAAACUAAUACUAACCUGAGCAAUAUUUCAAGGUUUUCUAGGUCACCCAUAUCAUUUUUAGGUCAGGUUUUGGGUUUCUAGGCCACCAGAAUUCACUUUUUCUCAAAAUUCAAAUGUACUCUUCCAGAAACCAAGAUCAAUUUCAAUUCCAAACUUCUGGUCCAACCAAACUCAAAAUUCACGGAAAUUUGUCUUUCAAUGCCACGUAUUCGUUCCACGUGGCACGUGAUGAUCUUCUUUCGGAGCAAACCCUAAUUUCAGUUAGCCCAACUCCAAUCUCUCCGUCACCAGAUUUUGAUUCGAAAAAAUGCAAACUUCCCACAAUUAUCAAUGGAUAUGUGGAGAAUUUGAGCAGCGACGGAGAAAAUUAUGCACCAGGAACAAAUUUGACAAUUUUUUGUAAUAUUGGAUUUUAUGAUCUGAAUUUGAAUUCAGGUUAGAGAUUUUUUUGGUUUUCUAGCUUAAUUUUUCAAUUUCAGGUCAAAAUUACACAAUUGCCACGUGUCAAGAUGAUUUGAGUUGGAGCACAUUUGGUUCGUUGGAUUAUUUUGAGUGCUCUGAAAUUGAAUGCCCCGCCCAAACUCCAGCUGAAAUUCUGUAUAAUCUGACACCGAUCAAUUCGGAAUUUCCUCGAAAAUUUGAAGCGGUUCGAAAUUAUUCGAAUUGGUCCAAUUUGCCAUUUUCACCAUUUUGUGUUUGUGGAAAUUUGGCCGAAUGGGAAUGUUUUAAUAUGGAUAAUAGAAGUUUGACCCGUGCUUGUUUUACACCUGAAUUUGAUGAUGGAAUUUUUGAGCCCCUGGAAAAUGAGCAGACGGAGAAUUGGAAUACUUUUGCGGUUAAUCAGACUGUAAGUGAUUGAAAGGUUUUUGAAAUUUGGGAAUUUUCAAUCAAGAGUUAUUCCGAUCAUUUUACAAAACAGUAACUCUGUUGAUUAGAAAUUAUUUUCACAAAAUUUAGUUUUGAAAUUUUUUGAAACAGUGAAUUUUUAAAGAAGAACAAUGUUUCUUUCAUUCAUUUCAGAAGUGAAUCAACCGUAAAAUCAGAUUUAAAUUUCAAAAAAUUUAGUUACCGAAUUUUUGAAACAAUGAAUUUUCAUUCAAAAAAUUAUUUAAUUUGAAUUUUUCGCCCAUUCUAAAUAAGUACUAAGAAAUUGGUCCCCCAAAAUUUAUUUAUCAAAUUUUUGAAACCGUGAAUUUUUGUAGGGAAACAUUUAUUUUUUCAUCGUUCUCAAGAAUUACAUUUACAAAUUAAUUUUAGAAUUCAAUUCGCUUAUAAUUAAUCUCAUGUUCAUAUUUUCCAGGCUCGCCUAACCUGUCAUUUCUGUCCAAAAAAUCAGACAAUUUUCCAAUGCACUCAAUCAUUACCGAAUUCUCCGCCAGAAUGGCUCGAAUUCUCGACAGGCAAACCAAUUCCCAAAGUUUUGUGUGAUUGUGUUGGUGAUCCUGUUCAGGAAAUGUGUGGAAAUCAUGGGAAAAUUAGAAGAAAUGGAUCGAUUUAUACUUGUGAUUGUGAUGAUGGAUAUCGAAUGGUGGAUCAGCAAUGUGUUGGUGGGUUAUGGGGAAAUUAUGAUAACAAGGUUUUGAAUAUGGGAAAAAUUGAGCAAUUUUUCACUGUUUCAAAAUAUCUCAGAGAUUCGCUGGCCAGCUCGCCACCAGAUCGCUGCGGCCACCUGGAAACCGCAUGGCCGCCAGGUCGCCUUGAGUUUUCCGGCGACGUGGCCUAUGUGUUUGAAAUCCUGGAAAGCUGGCAAGGCGGUGGUUUGCAAUCAAAACACUGCAUUUUCUAUAGUUUUUUCACUUCCUAAGGUUUCUAGUGCUGCGAAAAAACAGAAAAUGAGCCAAUUUCUUCGAAAAUGCCUCAAUUCACAAGUUUUUCAGACAUUUUCAUGAAAAUUCAUUUUGACGUGGCGAAGUGGCCACCACAUGGUAGCCAUAUGGGCUUGACCUAGCCAGGGCUUGGCCACCUUGCCAGCGAAAAAAAACCGGGCGACAUGGUUUCCAUGUGGUUUCCAGGUCAGCCAGCCUUCCGACCUGGUGGCGAGCUGGCCAGCGAAUCUCUGAGAUUUCGUAAUACUUUUUUUUUUGAAAAAUUGCUUGUUUUUAACACAUCAGAUGACUCAUUUUUUUUCAAAAAAAAAUCUUAUCAUUUCGAAUCGAAAACUUUUCAUUUUCCAUUAUUUUUCUUGCCAAUAUAGUUUUCUUCUAAUACAUUUCCAGUCAAAUUUAAUUUAUUUUUCUGAUAUUCUGUAAGUACAACAACAAAUUAGAAUUUUGUUUGUACUAUGGAAUAUUUGAGAAAUAUUCUGAAUUGAUUCGGAAAUACACAACAUAAUCAUUUUUGUGAUUUUUGUUUAAUUGUGGUUUUUUGAAACAAUGAAUUGUUUGGAAAAAAAGUUGAACUGUUUCAAAAUAUUUUUAUGAAUUUGGAGAAGUUCACGAAGAAUAUACACUGAUUUUCUAUAAUCUAAUGUAAUGAUUUUAUUUGAUAAAAAACAAACUAUAUUUAACAAAUUGUGACUGAAUUCGAAACUUGAUUCUUUUUAUAUUUUUUCCAAAAAAUCAAGCAAGCAAUAAAUUCCACUCGAAUUUGUUUAUUGAUAAUUAGAAUCAAAAAUGUGUAUCCAACAUAUUCCCAAAAUGGUGAAUAAUUAAUCUGAAAAACAUUAUUCACUGAACAAAGAUAAUCAUUUGAACUAACCAGUGUUGCAAGAAGACUAUUGCUAUUAUUGAAAAAAAUGUGUUUCAUUUGAUACAUUUCAAAUAUUAUUAUUAGAGGGAUAUGCAAUAGAAGAAGUUUUAAAGUUUUCUAGAAACGUUUAAUUGUUUAGUUAAAGGGGUAUACCCUAUUGUCUCUCGUGCAAAGUGUGAUACAUCAUUCGAUUCAGAAUUUUGUGUUUUAUAUGGACAAAAAAUUUUAGCUCGCAAAACGGAUUCUAAGUACACGUUUUUUGCGUCCAAACAGGACCAAAAUCUGCUCGAAAUAAAAAAAGAACACACAAGAAAGAGAGACGCAGACUCUCGCUGUCUGCCAGCCAGCCAGCAUGUGUGUUGUUUUUUCUUCUUUUUUAAAUUUUUUAAAGUUUAUUACAGUAUAUUCAGACUUACUGUAGUUGUUGAACACAAAAUUCAAAAAAAAAAACAAAACACAUGCUGGCUGGCUGGCAGACAGCGAGAGUCUGCGUCUCUCUUUCUUGUGUGUUCUUUUUUUCAUUUCGAGCAGAUUUUGGUCCUGUUUGGACGCAAAAAACGUGUACUUAGAAUGCGUUUUGAGAGCUAAAAUUUUUUGUGUAUAUAUAACACAAAAUUCUGAAUCAAAUGAUGUAUCACACUUUGUACGAGAGACAAUAGGGUAUACCCCCUUUAAGCUUGUUUGACCAACUCACAUGUUCUUUUGAAAUCUGCAGAUUUUUUAAUUUUUAAAUGUGUCAAAUAAGUUAGAAAUAUGAAUAUUAGGUCAGUUAUUAAUUUCAGAACUGUGAUUAUGUAUCUCAAUUUAAAAUUAAUCGGUUCAACAAUUAUCCAAAGACUGUUUUCAUCAAGGAUAAAUACAUAAGCUUUUCUCAUCGUGAAUAUUGUUAUAACAGAUGAGAUUAUUAAAAUUAAAACCAUGUGAAUGUUGAUAUAAGAUUUUUUCCAAAUCACAUUAUAAUUCAAAAAUGUUGAAGUGUAUCUAUUGAUUACUAAAGCUAUAUUCAGAAACAUAACACAAACAUAUGUCAUAAAAUGUAAAGCAAGUAAAAAUUGUUUCAAAUUGAACCAAUAAUGUGAGUUGAUAUAGGCAAGAAAAUAUGAUAUUUCAAAUGUAUACCAUGAGAUAAUAUUGAAUAUUCCAAUAACGAAAAAUAAAUAAUAAAAUGAACUUGUGAUAAUUUGUUUUUUGAUUAAUGAUAAAAUUAGGAAAACAGCAAACAUCGAAAUUAAUCGUACAAUAUAACCAAUAUAUGUAUAAAUGGAGAAAUCAUAAGAUGGCAAAUUACUUAUAUCCGCUGUUUCAUUAUAAAUAAGAGUAUAAAACAAGUGAUCUUCUGUCACCAUUUUUUGACGAUUUUUUUGGAACAAAUAAAAUUGUAUGUUUCUCUUUCACGGCCCAUUAAAUGUGAUUUUUUUUUAAUUUUUAAUAAUAUAUUCUGGAUUGCUAUAAGAGAUGAGGAAUAUUUCGAAAUAAUAUUUUUUCCCAGAUGACUCAUCUUUUUUCAUGUUUUUCAAAAAAAAAUCUUAUCAUUUCAAAUCAAAAACUGUUGGCUAGAUAUUUUUCUUCUAAUAUUUUUUCAGUCAAAUUUUAUUUAUUUUUCAGAUAUUCUGUAAGUACAACAACAACGAAACAUUUUGUUUGAACUAUGGAAUAUUUGAGAAAUAUUUUAAAUUGAUUUCUUUUGCCUAAAAGCAUCAUUUUUGUGAUUCUUGUUGAAUAAGUUGUGGAUUUUUGAAACAGUGAAUUUUUCAAAAAGUACAACUGUUUCAAAAUUAUAUAUGAAUUUUUUUCCCAUGAUUUUCAGCACAAAAUUUAAAUUUUAAUAGUAGUUGUUGUUUAUCCACAAAAAAUUCACUGUUUCAAAAUUUGUUUGAUCUCAUUUUUCGUUUUGGAUUUUGUUAACAAUGUAAGAAUCUACGAGAGAACAAAUCUUUGAAAAAUCCCCGAAAUUUGUAGGUUUCAAAGUAUUUAAUUAUUUUUUAUUUUUAAAUUGAAAUUACCAUUUUUAGAAAAUUUUCACUGUUUCGAAAUAUGUAUUAGGUUUUUCAUUUUAUAUUCAAAUUUUUUUGAACAAAAAAUUCCACUGUUUCAAAAUUUCAUUUGAGAAAAUUCAGGCUAUUUUCAUCUUUAAGAGAGGUUCUUCAUAAUAGUGGAAAUAGACCUGCGCAAGCAAAAAAAAAGUUUUUCUGAAAACUUGUGAAUUGAUAGCCCCAUGGAUAGGCAUCAAAUUGUGCGCAAUAUUAUUGUUUUUCUUUAUAUUUUUGUGGGGUAUGUAAAAAAUGGCGUACAAUCGUUUAAAAGCGGUUCUGGCUCGCACUUUUUCGAUAUAAAGGCAUAAUUUUCACCUUUUUCACCCAUAUGGUGUAAAUUCACCAUUGGGGAUGGUGUAAAAAUCUUGGUGUAAGUAAAAAACUUGAUCCUGAGGCUGACUAAGCAUUUUUGCGUUGAGAGCAUCGAAAAAUAUUAACAAAGAGCAAAGUUCCAGAAACCUCUUAUUUUUCUUACACCCAUCACACCACAAUGGUGAAGCGGUUUUGAGCAAUAAUAUUGCGCACAAUUUGAUGCCUAUCCAUGGGGCUAUCAAUUCACAAGUUUUCAGAAAAACUUUUUUUUUGCUUGCGCAGGUCUUUAUUCUAAAAUUUCCCUUUUUACAAAUAACCCCUCUUAAAUUUUCAGACAUCGAUGAAUGCGCUGAAAAAAUCUCACUCUGCGAUCCAACUUCAACUUGUAUCAAUCAACCUGGAUCUUUUGAAUGUUCAUGCGAAAAAUCGCAAAAAAUCUACAAUUCUUCACAAGAACUAUUUUCAAAUAUCCGCUGGCUCAUCGCAAAUUUCAGUUGUGUCGAGAAAGUCUGUAAUUCGAGCUCUCAAAUUCUUCCCAAUUAUUCUGAAAUCACUCUGAAAUAUCCCAAAAACUUCCGCGAGAUUUAUAAAGAUCAAGAGGGAACUGGCAAGAUUUUUGCAGUCGAUUUGUGUGGUCCAAAAUGUGUGGUACCAUUUGAUUAUUUUUGCGAAAAUGAGCAAUUUUUGGUGGAUCGAGAUGUCAGAAAUCAUUGUUUGAAUAACUUGGAUGAUUUGAUUUUGGAAGGCGAAGAAAGUUAUAAUAACAAUUGGCCGACGAUUUUCUCAACAGCCAGAGUUCGAUGUAAAAAUGAGCAAUAUUUCGAGCUGAUCGGAAGACCUGAGAUUUUUUGCAACUCGACAUUUCAGUGGGAUAUUCUACCAAUCUGUGCUCCUCGAACUUGCCCAAAUAUUACAAAUUUCAUUGAAUCACCUCUGCAAUUCUCUUCUGUAUCCGAUGAGAAUAUUCUGGCACCAAAUUCUACUAUUGUUUUCAAUUGCGCGUCGGGUUUCAGCCUUUUAGGCUUGAAAAAUAUCACUUGCUCAGCUGAAACUUUGACUUGGAAUCUAGAAAAUGUGGAAGAUUUGCCAAUUUGUGUUCCGAUUGUUACAGUAUCCCCAGGAAGUUUGGAAAAUAGUAUGGUUUUUGAAGAGGUGGAUUUAUUUGAUGUGGAUUGGAAGACGAAGUGGAUUUGGACUAAUGAUGUGAGUUUUAGAGAAAAAAGUGGGAGGGGAUACUGUAGAUUACUGUAGUUUUUGGGUAUACUACCAUUUCCUACAUUCAAAAAAACACUCUGAACAUUGCUCAGAUUACAGUAACCCAAUUCUAUCAUUUUUUGCAGUGGGAAUGGCACAACAAUUGUAUAACCCACAGAUGGCAUCAAAAAAUCUCGUUCUUCACAUUAAAUCGACCAAUCGAAAUUUUCUCGCCAGAAUUGGACACUGAAAUUGUCCUAGAUAUUGCUCCAAAAUGUUCAGCUCAAGUGAUUUUAUCGAUUUUCUCCACCGAUGUUUUGCUAACUCAACCGCCUUCUUUAUCACAUUAUCGAGAAGUUUUGAAGACGAGAAAAUCUGGAAGUUUGGUUGUAAAAUUGACAGAUGUGAAGAGAUAUUUGUAUAUUUCUGUGAGCUCUUCAAAUUUCGAUGGUCCCGCCACAAUUUGCUCGAUCAAAGUUCGCCGACAGAUUUGUGGCAAUUCUCGAAAAAAGUUUUCGAAAUAUUGUGGAUGUUGUGUGAAUUUUUUACAAGAUCCUCCGGCUAUUUCGAAAUGUGGUUUGAAUGAUUGUUCGAAUGGGAAUUGUGUGAAUUUGGAAGAUGGAAAAGGUUUUUAUUGUGUUUGUCAUGAAAGUGAGUUUUGGGAACGAUGCUCCGCGUUUACACCUCUAAAAUUUUUGAUUUUGAAAAAAACAGUAUGUUAGGUUUAAACGAUGCUCCGCGUUUACACCUCUAAAAUCAAUAAAUGUCGAUUUUAAUUAAAUUUUCAAAACUUGAUGUCCGCAAUUUUCGAAACAGUAUAAUUUUUCCAGAAUGUUUUUUUCUUGUUCAAAAAAUUUACUGUUUCAAAAAGUUUGUAAAUUCAAAGUAAUUCUAAUUUUUAUCAAUAGGCGACUAUCAUCUAUUUUACUCACAAAAAACAAAAUAUUGAUUAUUUUUUUGGGCAGAAUCUAGAGGUGUAAACGCGGAGUGUCGUUUUCUUCCGGAAGUUUUUUUAAUUCAAAACUGUAUAAUUUUCCAGACUUCAUUUCAACUGGCAAAUCGUGUAUUCCUGAUAAUUGUCCCUAUACAAAUCAGCAAAGAUCAAACGGCUAUAAUUGUAAAUCAGGCGUCGAAAAUGAUCCAACUCAAACCUGUGGAAUUCCCCAACAAUCUGGAAAAUUCUGUCAAUUUUCGGGAAUUCUUUGGAAUUCCAGCUAUUUCUGGUAUUUGGAUUGGUUCAACCAACAGAAUUUUGCAUAUUCGAUUAAUUCAUGUUGUUCGGAUGAAAUGAAAGUUAUUGGAUGUGAAGAAGAUCAGGGAAUAUCAGUGACGCCAACUUCAAUGGAUCCAUGUUCGAUGUGUAAUUGGGAAAAUACAGCGAAUUGUACUAGAGAUGCACCGUAUGCGGGGAGUGUUGUUUGUGGAUGUAAAGAUGGUGAGCAUUUUUAGUCAGGAAAAAUGUUUGUUUUUUGAAAGCUAGGAACGCCGCGUGGCAAAAUUUCAUGAAUUUUCAGAUUUUUGAGAGAAAAAUAUGUGCUUGAAAAUAUUUUGGCUUCAAAAAAUCUUCAGAUUUUUUUCAGGAUAUUAUGGAAGAUUUUGCGAUGUUUCCACUUUCUGCCUCUCAAUUUCUGGAACCUAUAAUUGUCUAAACGGCGGAACUUGUCAAGAAUCAACAAAAUCAUGUAAAUGUCCAAAUGGUUGGACGGGAGAAUUUUGUGAACUCCAAACUUCCUAUGCAAGUUGCCCCUUGAAAUCCUCAAGCUUUUGUCAAAAUGGAGUUUGUGAAGUUGGACCAAAUGGAGUGAAUUAUUGUAAUUGUGAUGUUGGUUUUCUGCGAGAUUCUCAGGGGAUUUGCACAAUUCAGAACGUUGCGUGUGAAUUGAAUAAUCCUUGUCAACAGAAUUCGAGUUGUGAAUUGGAAGAUAAUGGAAAUUAUAAUUGUGGAUGUCAAGGGGCAUGGAAAGGUUGGAUUCUGGGGAAGGUUAACAUUUGACAAUAGCAAAAAAUGCAUUGCUCAUGUUAAUUAUAAUUGUCUUAAAAACAAAGGCAUUGAUCAUGUUCUCCUUUUUCAAAAAUUUAGAUAGCAUUGCUCAGCCUAAACUGUUCUUCCACAAAAUUUAUGGGAUUUUGGAAUCCAACACUAAUUAUUGUAAAAUUUUGAAGUAGAUUUUGUCAUAUCGAUAAGAUUUUCUUGAAGCGUAUUUUUCGGUGGAUUUUUUCCCAGAAAAAACAUACAGUAAUCCGAAAUGAAAAUAUUUAUGGUUCUGAAGCAAACUAUCAUAAAUUUUUUGGGACUAAAAGUUAAUGUAACGAAGAAAAAAAUUGUUUUUUUCUGGAAAAAAGAUCCCUCCGAAAAAUACGCUUCAAGAAAAUCUUAAACCAAUUUUGAUUUCUGAUUUUGCGUUACGAAAAUGACAUCGACUUCACAAUUUUACAUUUAUUGUUGGAUUCCUAAACCAAUUUUGAUUUCUGAUUUUUCGUUAGGGAAACAACAUCGCCUUCACAAUUUUUAAACAAUUAUUUAUUUUUGGAUUCCUAAAUCAAUAAUAUUCCAUAAAUUCAGGUGAUUAUUGUCAAAUUGCUCCAACACAUGAUUGUGAAGUUUGUUCAGAAGGCCAUUCUUUGGGAUGUGUUUCAGAAAUUCCGGAAAGUGUCGAAUGUAAAUGUGCGGUUGGAUAUAAGUAAGUGAAUUUCAAGCUUCUUCACCAUCCUUCACAAUCAUUUUUCAGAGGAGAAAUCUGCAAUGAGCCAAUUGAUGAUUGUAUUUUUACACCAUGUUUCAAUAGUGGAACCUGUUCCCGCUUUAAUUAUGCCAAAAAUGGCCAACAAUUUGAGACGUAUAAUUGCACGUGUCCAGCUGGAUUUUCUGGAACAAAUUGUGAAAUUCGAGCAACUCGAAAUUGCGAGGAUUUGAUUCGAUGUGAAAAUGGAGGAACGUGUGAUUUUGAUUCGAAUGGGCAGCCAAUUUGCAAAUGUACUCAACAGUUUUAUGGAGAAUUUUGUGAGAAAAAUGUGAGUUACGGGAAUUUUUAUUGAUCAGGAAUCUUGAAAAUUUUACAUUUUACAUUUUGAACAAUGACAUUGUCUUUUAGAAAAUUAGAAUUGACCUGAGCAAUGCUUCAUAGAUACUAGAAAAUCUUAUAUGAUCUAAAAUAUAAAACUGCAAUCUAUAGCUUUCUUGAAAACCAAAAAGCAAUCUAACCCUUCCUUCAUUUCUAGUGUUUUGAUGUUUGUGCGCAUGCAACUGGUUGCACUCAAAAUAAUAAUACUGGUCAAGUUUGGUGUGAAUGUCAAAAUGGUUUCACAUCGCAAUAUUGUGAUGUUGUUGAUGUGAGUUUUUUGGCGCUAAAAAUUCCACCGAACCAUUUCUAAUGUUUGCAGAAUGUUUGUAUAACUAACAUUUUAACAUGUCAAAACGGAGGAACUUGUCAAUUCUCAAAUCAAACUUGCUCAUGUUUACCCGAAUUUUCUGGUGAUUUCUGUGAAAUCGAUUCAGAUUUAUGCCGCUCACUUAAUAUUCAAUGUGAAAAUGGUGGAACUUGUCAAAAUUCGACGGGAAUUUGCACGUGUCCAAGUGGAUUUUAUGGCGAUUUUUGUGAGAAUUUGGUCGAUUUUUGCCAUGAUUAUAGUUGUUUUAAUGGUGGAAUUUGUGAGGAUGGAGGAUGUUUUUGUCAACCUGGAACUACUGGGACUUUUUGUCAGGAUUUGGGGGUUAGUUUUGAGGAGAAUGUUACUAAAAGCAUGGUUUACUAAUUUUUGAACUAACGAAAAAUUGGAAGAAUUUACUGUUUCAAAAAUUGUUCAUUUUUUGAGACAUUUUUGUUUUUUUUUAAUUCUAUCCCGAAAAAUGUUUGCAAUAAUUUUUAUUCAAGUUUUUUCGAACUAAAUUUGUUCUCAAAAAUUUACUGUUUCAAAUUUUUUCUAACUUUAAAAAAUUUAUUGAAAUUUUCAUUAAGCUAUCCGGGUUGUUUUUCAAAAUUCUGAAAAUUUAGUCUCGAAAAAAAUCGAAAAAGUUUACUGUUUCAAAAUGUUCUCAUAUUGUUUUAACAUUCUGAUUUUGUAAUACUUUUAUUUUUCAAAAUUAUCUCCGAAAAUCAGUUGAAAACAUCUGCUGUUUCAAAAAUCUUCCAAAUUUUUCCAGCAACCCUGCAAAAUUCAACAACCCAACGGAACAAUCACAGAUUAUUGUCAAAACGGCGGAAAAUGUUUCGAAUUGGCAAAUGGCGCGGCUUGUGAUUGUGGUUCCACCGAAUUCACAGGUCGUCGUUGCGAGACCCGAAUCACAUUCAAUUUCAACCUGGUUUUCAAUGGCCUACAGUAUACCCCACCAAUUAUUUCGAAUGUUUUCUCGAAUUCGAGUGCUCGAGAAUUCACAAUUUGCAGUUUUGUACAAUAUAAUUAUCCCAAAGAUUAUUCGGGAAUGAAUUUUCCGAAUUUGGCACCAUUUUUGGCGAUGCGAAGUUUUGUGGAUGGCGAAAAUUCGCGACAAAUUGUUUUCGAUAAUUUUGGUUUUCAUAUGUGCGAUGAUCAGAAAAGUUGUGUUUUGGAUGUGGGAGAUUCGGGAAAAGAACAGAGCGAUUUUAAGAAGGUUCCGAUUACACCGAAUACGUGGCAUCAUGUGAGUAUUUUGGGGGUGGGGGGGGGGGGAUUUUUAUCCAUAAAAUUGAGCUAGAAAUAAAAAUCGAGAAUUAGUAGUGACUCCGAAACGACGAUUUAUUAUUUUUAUCCAUAAAAUUGAGCUGAAAAUAAAAAUCGAGAAUUAGUAGUGACUCCGAAACGACGAUUUAUUAUUUUUAUCCAUAAAAUUGAGCUGAAAAUAAAAAUCGAGAAUUAGUAGUGACUCCGAAACGACGAUUUAUUAUUUUUAUCCAUAAAAUUGAGCUGAAAAUAAAAAUCGAGAAUUAGUAGUGACUCCGAAACGACGAUUUAUUAUUUUUAUCCAUAAAAUUGAGCUAGAAAUAAAAAUCGAGAAUUAGUAGUGACUCCGAAACGACGAUUUAUUAUUUUUAUCCAUAAAAUUGAGCUGAAAAUAAAAAUCGAGAAUUAGUAGUGACUCCGAAACGACGAUUUAUUAUUUUUAUCCAUAAAAUUGAGCUAGAAAUAAAAAUCGAGAAUUAGUAGUGACUCCGAAACGACGAUUUAUUAUUUUUAUCCAUAAAAUUGAGCUGAAAAUAAAAAUCGAGAAUUAGUAGUGACUCCGAAACGACGAUUUAUUAUUUUUAUCCAUAAAAUUGAGCUAGAAAUAAAAAUCGAGAAUUAGUAGUGACUCCGAAACGACGAUUUAUUAUUUUUAUCCAUAAAAUUGAGCUGAAAAUAAAAAUCGAGAAUUAGUAGUGACUCCGAAACGACGAUUUAUUAUUUUUAUCCAUAAAAUUGAGCUGAAAAUAAAAAUCGAGAAUUAGUAGUGACUCCGAAACGACGAUUUAUUAUUUUUAUCCAUAAAAUUGAGCUAGAAAUAAAAAUCGAGAAUUAGUAGUGACUCCGAAACGACGAUUUAUUAUUUUUAUCCAUAAAAUUGAGCUGAAAAUAAAAAUCGAGAAUUAGUAGUGACUCCGAAACGACGAUUUAUUAUUUUUAUCCAUAAAAUUGAGCUAGAAAUAAAAAUCGAGAAUUAGUAGUGACUCCGAAACGACGAUUUAUUAUUUUUAUCCAUAAAAUUGAGCUGAAAAUAAAAAUCGAGAAUUAGUAGUGACUCCGAAACGACGAUUUAUUAUUUUUAUCCAUAAAAUUGAGCUGAAAAUAAAAAUCGAGAAUUAGUAGUGACUCCGAAACGACGAUUUAUUAUUUUUAUCCAUAAAAUUGAGCUAGAAAUAAAAAUCGAGAAUUAGUAGUGACUCCGAAACGACGAUUUAUUAUUUUUAUCCAUAAAAUUGAGCUAGAAAUAAAAAUCGAGAAUUAGUAGUGACUCCGAAACGACGAUUUAUUAUUUUUAUCCAUAAAAUUGAGCUAGAAAUAAAAAUCGAGAAUUAGUAGUGACUCCGAAACGACGAUUUAUUAUUUUUAUCCAUAAAAUUGAGCUAGAAAUAAAAAUCGAGAAUUAUUAGUGACUCCGAAACGACGAUUUAUUAUUUUUAUCCAUAAAAUUGAGCUAGAAAUAAAAAUCGAGAAUUAUUAGUGACUCCGAAACGACGAUUUAUUAUUUUUAUCCAUAAAAUUGAGCUGAAAAUAAAAAUCGAGAAUUAGUAGUGACUCCGAAACGACGAUUUAUUAUUUUUAUCCAUAAAAUUGAGCUAGAAAUAAAAAUCGAGAAUUAUUAGUGACUCCGAAACGACGAUUUAUUAUUUUUAUCCAUAAAAUUGAGCUGAAAAUAAAAAUCGAGAAUUAGUAGUGACUCCGAAACGACGAUUUAUUAUUUUUAUCCAUAAAAUUGAGCUAGAAAUAAAAAUCGAGAAUUAGUAGUGACUCCGAAACGACGAUUUAUUAUUUUUAUCCAUAAAAUUGAGCUAGAAAUAAAAAUCGAGAAUUAGUAGUGACUCCGAAACGACGAUUUAUUAUUUUUAUCCAUAAAAUUGAGCUAGAAAUAAAAAUCGAGAAUUAUUAGUGACUCCGAAACGACGAUUUAUUAUUUUUAUCCAUAAAAUUGAGCUAGAAAUAAAAAUCGAGAAUUAGUAGUGACUCCGAAACGACGAUUUAUUAUUUUUAUCCAUAAAAUUGAGCUAGAAAUAAAAAUCGAGAAUUAGUAGUGACUCCGAAACGACGAUUUAUUAUUUUUAUCCAUAAAAUUGAGCUAGAAAUAAAAAUCGAGAAUUAUUAGUGACUCCGAAACGACGAUUUAUUAUUUUUAUCCAUAAAAUUGAGCUAGAAAUAAAAAUCGAGAAUUAUUAGUGACUCCGAAACGACGAUUUAUUAUUUUUAUCCAUAAAAUUGAGCUAGAAAUAAAAAUCGAGAAUUAUUAGUGACUCCGAAACGACGAUUUAUUAUUUUUAUCCAUAAAAUUGAGCUAGAAAUAAAAAUCGAGAAUUAGUAGUGACUCCGAAACGACGAUUUAUUAUUUUUAUCCAUAAAAUUGAGCUAGAAAUAAAAAUCGAGAAUUAGUAGUGACUCCGAAACGACGAUUUAUUAUUUUUAUCCAUAAAAUUGAGCUAGAAAUAAAAAUCGAGAAUUAGUAGUGACUCCGAAACGACGAUUUAUUAUUUUUAUCCAUAAAAUUGAGCUAGAAAUAAAAAUCGAGAAUUAGUAGUGACUCCGAAACGACGAUUUAUUAUUUUUAUCCAUAAAAUUGAGCUAGAAAUAAAAAUCGAGAAUUAGUAGUGACUCCGAAACGACGAUUUAUUAUUUUUAUCCAUAAAAUUGAGCUAGAAAUAAAAAUCGAGAAUUAGUAGUGACUCCGAAACGACGAUUUAUUAUUUUUAUCCAUAAAAUUGAGCUAGAAAUAAAAAUCGAGAAUUAGUAGUGACUCCGAAACGACGAUUUAUUAUUUUUAUCCAUAAAAUUGAGCUAGAAAAUAAAAAUCGAGAAUUAUUAGUGACUCCGAAACGACGAUUUAUUAUUUUUAUCCAUAAAAUUGAGCUGAAAAUAAAAAUCGAGAAUUAUUAGUGACUCCGAAACGACGAUUUAUUAUUUUUAUCCAUAAAAUUGAGCUGAAAAUAAAAAUCGAGAAUUAUUAGUGACUCCGAAACGACGAUUUAUUAUUUUUAUCCAUAAAAUUGAGCUAGAAAUAAAAAUCGAGAAUUAGUAGUGACUCCGAAACGACGAUUUAUUAUUUUUAUCCAUAAAAUUGAGCUAGAAAUAAAAAUCGAGAAUUAGUAGUGACUCCGAAACGACGAUUUAUUAUUUUUAUCCAUAAAAUUGAGCUAGAAAUAAAAAUCGAGAAUUAUUAGUGACUCCGAAACGACGAUUUAUUAUUUUUAUCCAUAAAAUUGAGCUAGAAAUAAAAAUCGAGAAUUAUUAGUGACUCCGAAACGACGAUUUAUUAUUUUUAUCCAUAAAAUUGAGCUGAAAAUAAAAAUCGAGAAUUAGUAGUGACUCCGAAACGACGAUUUAUUAUUUUUAUCCAUAAAAUUGAGCUGAAAAUAAAAAUCGAGAAUUAGUAGUGACUCCGAAACGACGAUUUAUUAUUUUUAUCCAUAAAAUUGAGCUGAAAAUAAAAAUCGAGAAUUAGUAGUGACUCCGAAACGACGAUUUAUUAUUUUUAUCCAUAAAAUUGAGCUAGAAAUAAAAAUCGAGAAUUAGUAGUGACUCCGAAACGACGAUUUAUUAUUUUUAUCCAUAAAAUUGAGCUAGAAAUAAAAAUCGAGAAUUAGUAGUGACUCCGAAACGACGAUUUAUUAUUUUUAUCCAUAAAAUUGAGCUGAAAAUAAAAAUCGAGAAUUAUUAGUGACUCCGAAACGACGAUUUAUUAUUUUUAUCCAUAAAAUUGAGCUGAAAAUAAAAAUCGAGAAUUAGUAGUGACUCCGAAACGACGAUUUAUUAUUUUUAUCCAUAAAAUUGAGCUGAAAAUAAAAAUCGAGAAUUAGUAGUGACUCCGAAACGACGAUUUAUUAUUUUUAUCCAUAAAAUUGAGCUAGAAAUAAAAAUCGAGAAUUAGUAGUGACUCCGAAACGACGAUUUAUUAUUUUUAUCCAUAAAAUUGAGCUAGAAAUAAAAAUCGAGAAUUAGUAGUGACUCCGAAACGACGAUUUAUUAUUUUUAUCCAUAAAAUUGAGCUGAAAAUAAAAAUCGAGAAUUAGUAGUGACUCCGAAACGACGAUUUAUUAUUUUUAUCCAUAAAAUUGAGCUGAAAAUAAAAAUCGAGAAUUAGUAGUGACUCCGAAACGACGAUUUAUUAUUUUUAUCCAUAAAAUUGAGCUGAAAAUAAAAAUCGAGAAUUAGUAGUGACUCCGAAACGACGAUUUAUUAUUUUUAUCCAUAAAAUUGAGCUAGAAAUAAAAAUCGAGAAUUAGUAGUGACUCCGAAACGACGAUUUAUUAUUUUUAUCCAUAAAAUUGAGCUGAAAAUAAAAAUCGAGAAUUAGUAGUGACUCCGAAACGACGAUUUAUUAUUUUUAUCCAUAAAAUUGAGCUGAAAAUAAAAAUCGAGAAUUAGUAGUGACUCCGAAACGACGAUUUAUUAUUUUUAUCCAUAAAAUUGAGCUGAAAAUAAAAAUCGAGAAUUAGUAGUGACUCCGAAACGACGAUUUAUUAUUUUUAUCCAUAAAAUUGAGCUGAAAAUAAAAAUCGAGAAUUAGUAGUGACUCCGAAACGACGAUUUAUUAUUUUUAUCCAUAAAAUUGAGCUAGAAAUAAAAAUCGAGAAUUAGUAGUGACUCCGAAACGACGAUUUAUUAUUUUUAUCCAUAAAAUUGAGCUGAAAAUAAAAAUCGAGAAUUAGUAGUGACUCCGAAACGACGAUUUAUUAUUUUUAUCCAUAAAAUUGAGCUAGAAAUAAAAAUCGAGAAUUAGUAGUGACUCCGAAACGACGAUUUAUUAUUUUUAUCCAUAAAAUUGAGCUAGAAAUAAAAAUCGAGAAUUAGUAGUGACUCAGAAACGACGAUUUAUUAUUUUUAUCCAUAAAAUUGAGCUGAAAAUAAAAAUCGAGAAUUAGUAGUGACUCCGAAACGACGAUUUAUUAUUUUUAUCCAUAAAAUUGAGCUGAAAAUAAAAAUCGAGAAUUAGUAGUGACUCCGAAACGACGAUUUAUUAUUUUUAUCCAUAAAAUUGAGCUGAAAAUAAAAAUCGAGAAUUAGUAGUGACUCCGAAACGACGAUUUAUUAUUUUUAUCCAUAAAAUUGAGCUGAAAAUAAAAAUCGAGAAUUAGUAGUGACUCCGAAACGACGAUUUAUUAUUUUUAUCCAUAAAAUUGAGCUGAAAAUAAAAAUCGAGAAUUAUUAGUGACUCCGAAACGACGAUUUAUUAUUUUUAUCCAUAAAAUUGAGCUGAAAAUAAAAAUCGAGAAUUAGUAGUGACUCCGAAACGACGAUUUAUUAUUUUUAUCCAUAAAAUUGAGCUAGAAAUAAAAAUCGAGAAUUAUUAGUGACUCCGAAACGACGAUUUAUUAUUUUUAUCCAUAAAAUUGAGCUGAAAAUAAAAAUCGAGAAUUAGUAGUGACUCCGAAACGACGAUUUAUUAUUUUUAUCCAUAAAAUUGAGCUGAAAAUAAAAAUCGAGAAUUAGUAGUGACUCCGAAACGACGAUUUAUUAUUUUUAUCCAUAAAAUUGAGCUAGAAAUAAAAAUCGAGAAUUAUUAGUGACUCCGAAACGACGAUUUAUUAUUUUUAUCCAUAAAAUUGAGCUGAAAAUAAAAAUCGAGAAUUAGUAGUGACUCCGAAACGACGAUUUAUUAUUUUUAUCCAUAAAAUUGAGCUGAAAAUAAAAAUCGAGAAUUAGUAGUGACUCCGAAACGACGAUUUAUUAUUUUUAUCCAUAAAAUUGAGCUGAAAAUAAAAAUCGAGAAUUAGUAGUGACUCCGAAACGACGAUUUAUUAUUUUUAUCCAUAAAAUUGAGCUAGAAAUAAAAAUCGAGAAUUAUUAGUGACUCCGAAACGACGAUUUAUUAUUUUUAUCCAUAAAAUUGAGCUGAAAAUAAAAAUCGAGAAUUAGUAGUGACUCCGAAACGACGAUUUAUUAUUUUUAUCCAUAAAAUUGAGCUGAAAAUAAAAAUCGAGAAUUAGUAGUGACUCCGAAACGACGAUUUAUUAUUUUUAUCCAUAAAAUUGAGCUGAAAAUAAAAAUCGAGAAUUAUUAGUGACUCCGAAACGACGAUUUAUUAUUUUUAUCCAUAAAAUUGAGCUGAAAAUAAAAAUCGAGAAUUAUUAGUGACUCCGAAACGACGAUUUAUUAUUUUUAUCCAUAAAAUUGAGCUGAAAAUAAAAAUCGAGAAUUAGUAGUGACUCCGAAACGACGAUUUAUUAUUUUUAUCCAUAAAAUUGAGCUAGAAAUAAAAAUCGAGAAUUAUUAGUGACUCCGAAACGACGAUUUAUUAUUUUUAUCCAUAAAAUUGAGCUGAAAAUAAAAAUCGAGAAUUAGUAGUGACUCCGAAACGACGAUUUAUUAUUUUUAUCCAUAAAAUUGAGCUGAAAAUAAAAAUCGAGAAUUAGUAGUGACUCCGAAACGACGAUUUAUUAUUUUUAUCCAUAAAAUUGAGCUGAAAAUAAAAAUCGAGAAUUAUUAGUGACUCCGAAACGACGAUUUAUUAUUUUUAUCCAUAAAAUUGAGCUAGAAAUAAAAAUCGAGAAUUAUUAGUGACUCCGAAACGACGAUUUAUUAUUUUUAUCCAUAAAAUUGAGCUGAAAAUAAAAAUCGAGAAUUAUUAGUGACUCCGAAACGACGAUUUAUUAUUUUUAUCCAUAAAAUUGAGCUGAAAAUAAAAAUCGAGAAUUAUUAGUGACUCCGAAACGACGAUUUAUUAUUUUUAUCCAUAAAAUUGAGCUGAAAAUAAAAAUCGAGAAUUAGUAGUGACUCCGAAACGACGAUUUAUUAUUUUUAUCCAUAAAAUUGAGCUAGAAAUAAAAAUCGAGAAUUAUUAGUGACUCCGAAACGACGAUUUAUUAUUUUUAUCCAUAAAAUUGAGCUGAAAAUAAAAAUCGAGAAUUAGUAGUGACUCCGAAACGACGAUUUAUUAUUUUUAUCCAUAAAAUUGAGCUGAAAAUAAAAAUCGAGAAUUAGUAGUGACUCCGAAACGACGAUUUAUUAUUUUUAUCCAUAAAAUUGAGCUGAAAAUAAAAAUCGAGAAUUAGUAGUGACUCCGAAACGACGAUUUAUUAUUUUUAUCCAUAAAAUUGAGCUGAAAAUAAAAAUCGAGAAUUAGUAGUGACUCCGAAACGACGAUUUAUUAUUUUUAUCCAUAAAAUUGAGCUGAAAAUAAAAAUCGAGAAUUAGUAGUGACUCCGAAACGACGAUUUAUUAUUUUUAUCCAUAAAAUUGAGCUGAAAAUAAAAAUCGAGAAUUAGUAGUGACUCCGAAACGACGAUUUAUUAUUUUUAUCCAUAAAAUUGAGCUAGAAAUAAAAAUCGAGAAUUAUUAGUGACUCCGAAACGACGAUUUAUUAUUUUUAUCCAUAAAAUUGAGCUGAAAAUAAAAAUCGAGAAUUAGUAGUGACUCCGAAACGACGAUUUAUUAUUUUUAUCCAUAAAAUUGAGCUGAAAAUAAAAAUCGAGAAUUAGUAGUGACUCCGAAACGACGAUUUAUUAUUUUUAUCCAUAAAAUUGAGCUGAAAAUAAAAAUCGAGAAUUAUUAGUGACUCCGAAACGACGAUUUAUUAUUUUUAUCCAUAAAAUUGAGCUGAAAAUAAAAAUCGAGAAUUAGUAGUGACUCCGAAACGACGAUUUAUUAUUUUUAUCCAUAAAAUUGAGCUAGAAAUAAAAAUCGAGAAUUAUUAGUGACUCCGAAACGACGAUUUAUUAUUUUUAUCCAUAAAAUUGAGCUGAAAAUAAAAAUCGAGAAUUAGUAGUGACUCCGAAACGACGAUUUAUUAUUUUUAUCCAUAAAAUUGAGCUGAAAAUAAAAAUCGAGAAUUAGUAGUGACUCCGAAACGACGAUUUAUUAUUUUUAUCCAUAAAAUUGAGCUGAAAAUAAAAAUCGAGAAUUAUUAGUGACUCCGAAACGACGAUUUAUUAUUUUUAUCCAUAAAAUUGAGCUGAAAAUAAAAAUCGAGAAUUAGUAGUGACUCCGAAACGACGAUUUAUUAUUUUUAUCCAUAAAAUUGAGCUAGAAAUAAAAAUCGAGAAUUAUUAGUGACUCCGAAACGACGAUUUAUUAUUUUUAUCCAUAAAAUUGAGCUGAAAAUAAAAAUCGAGAAUUAGUAGUGACUCCGAAACGACGAUUUAUUAUUUUUAUCCAUAAAAUUGAGCUGAAAAUAAAAAUCGAGAAUUAGUAGUGACUCCGAAACGACGAUUUAUUAUUUUUAUCCAUAAAAUUGAGCUAGAAAUAAAAAUCGAGAAUUAUUAGUGACUCCGAAACGACGAUUUAUUAUUUUUAUCCAUAAAAUUGAGCUGAAAAUAAAAAUCGAGAAUUAGUAGUGACUCCGAAACGACGAUUUAUUAUUUUUAUCCAUAAAAUUGAGCUGAAAAUAAAAAUCGAGAAUUAGUAGUGACUCCGAAACGACGAUUUAUUAUUUUUAUCCAUAAAAUUGAGCUGAAAAUAAAAAUCGAGAAUUAGUAGUGACUCCGAAACGACGAUUUAUUAUUUUUAUCCAUAAAAUUGAGCUGAAAAUAAAAAUCGAGAAUUAGUAGUGACUCCGAAACGACGAUUUAUUAUUUUUAUCCAUAAAAUUGAGCUGAAAAUAAAAAUCGAGAAUUAGUAGUGACUCCGAAACGACGAUUUAUUAUUUUUAUCCAUAAAAUUGAGCUAGAAAUAAAAAUCGAGAAUUAGUAGUGACUCCGAAACGACGAUUUAUUAUUUUUAUCCAUAAAAUUGAGCUGAAAAUAAAAAUCGAGAAUUAGUAGUGACUCCGAAACGACGAUUUAUUAUUUUUAUCCAUAAAAUUGAGCUAGAAAUAAAAAUCGAGAAUUAGUAGUGACUCCGAAACGACGAUUUAUUAUUUUUAUCCAUAAAAUUGAGCUGAAAAUAAAAAUCGAGAAUUAGUAGUGACUCCGAAACGACGAUUUAUUAUUUUUAUCCAUAAAAUUGAGCUGAAAAUAAAAAUCGAGAAUUAGUAGUGACUCCGAAACGACGAUUUAUUAUUUUUAUCCAUAAAAUUGAGCUGAAAAUAAAAAUCGAGAAUUACUAGUGACUCCGAAACGACGAUUUAUUAUUUUUAUCCAUAAAAUUGAGCUAGAAAUAAAAAUCGAGAAUUAGUAGUGACUCCGAAACGACGAUUUAUUAUUUUUAUCCAUAAAAUUGAGCUAGAAAUAAAAAUCGAGAAUUAGUAGUGACUCCGAAACGACGAUUUAUUAUUUUUAUCCAUAAAAUUGAGCUGAAAAUAAAAAUCGAGAAUUAGUAGUGACUCCGAAACGACGAUUUAUUAUUUUUAUCCAUAAAAUUGAGCUAGAAAUAAAAAUCGAGAAUUAGUAGUGACUCCGAAACGACGAUUUAUUAUUUUUAUCCAUAAAAUUGAGCUAGAAAUAAAAAUCGAGAAUUAGUAGUGACUCCGAAACGACGAUUUAUUAUUUUUAUCCAUAAAAUUGAGCUAGAAAUAAAAAUCGAGAAUUAGUAGUGACUCCGAAACGACGAUUUAUUAUUUUUAUCCAUAAAAUUGAGCUAGAAAUAAAAAUCGAGAAUUAGUAGUGACUCCGAAACGACGAUUUAUUAUUUUUAUCCAUAAAAUUGAGCUAGAAAUAAAAAUCGAGAAUUAGUAGUGACUCCGAAACGACGAUUUAUUAUUUUUAUCCAUAAAAUUGAGCUAGAAAUAAAAAUCGAGAAUUAGUAGUGACUCCGAAACGACGAUUUAUUAUUUUUAUCCAUAAAAUUGAGCUAGAAAUAAAAAUCGAGAAUUAUUAGUGACUCCGAAACGACGAUUUAUUAUUUUUAUCCAUAAAAUUGAGCUAGAAAUAAAAAUCGAGAAUUAUUAGUGACUCCGAAACGACGAUUUAUUAUUUUUAUCCAUAAAAUUGAGCUGAAAAUAAAAAUCGAGAAUUAGUAGUGACUCCGAAACGACGAUUUAUUAUUUUUAUCCAUAAAAUUGAGCUAGAAAUAAAAAUCGAGAAUUAGUAGUGACUCCGAAACGACGAUUUAUUAUUUUUAUCCAUAAAAUUGAGCUAGAAAUAAAAAUCGAGAAUUAGUAGUGACUCCGAAACGACGAUUUAUUAUUUUUAUCCAUAAAAUUGAGCUAGAAAUAAAAAUCGAGAAUUAGUAGUGACUCCGAAACGACGAUUUAUUAUUUUUAUCCAUAAAAUUGAGCUGAAAAUAAAAAUCGAGAAUUAGUAGUGACUCCGAAACGACGAUUUAUUAUUUUUAUCCAUAAAAUUGAGCUAGAAAUAAAAAUCGAGAAUUAGUAGUGACUCCGAAACGACGAUUUAUUAUUUUUAUCCAUAAAAUUGAGCUAGAAAUAAAAAUCGAGAAUUAGUAGUGACUCCGAAACGACGAUUUAUUAUUUUUAUCCAUAAAAUUGAGCUGAAAAUAAAAAUCGAGAAUUAGUAGUGACUCCGAAACGACGAUUUAUUAUUUUUAUCCAUAAAAUUGAGCUAGAAAUAAAAAUCGAGAAUUAGUAGUGACUCCGAAACGACGAUUUAUUAUUUUUAUCCAUAAAAUUGAGCUAGAAAUAAAAAUCGAGAAUUAGUAGUGACUCCGAAACGACGAUUUAUUAUUUUUAUCCAUAAAAUUGAGCUGAAAAUAAAAAUCGAGAAUUAGUAGUGACUCCGAAACGACGAUUUAUUAUUUUUAUCCAUAAAAUUGAGCUAGAAAUAAAAAUCGAGAAUUAGUAGUGACUCCGAAACGACGAUUUAUUAUUUUUAUCCAUAAAAUUGAGCUAGAAAUAAAAAUCGAGAAUUAGUAGUGACUCCGAAACGACGAUUUAUUAUUUUUAUCCAUAAAAUUGAGCUAGAAAUAAAAAUCGAGAAUUAGUAGUGACUCCGAAACGACGAUUUAUUAUUUUUAUCCAUAAAAUUGAGCUAGAAAUAAAAAUCGAGAAUUAGUAGUGACUCCGAAACGACGAUUUAUUAUUUUUAUCCAUAAAAUUGAGCUGAAAAUAAAAAUCGAGAAUUAGUAGUGACUCCGAAACGACGAUUUAUUAUUUUUAUCCAUAAAAUUGAGCUAGAAAUAAAAAUCGAGAAUUAGUAGUGACUCCGAAACGACGAUUUAUUAUUUUUAUCCAUAAAAUUGAGCUAGAAAUAAAAAUCGAGAAUUAGUAGUGACUCCGAAACGACGAUUUAUUAUUUUUAUCCAUAAAAUUGAGCUAGAAAUAAAAAUCGAGAAUUAGUAGUGACUCCGAAACGACGAUUUAUUAUUUUUAUCCAUAAAAUUGAGCUGAAAAUAAAAAUCGAGAAUUAGUAGUGACUCCGAAACGACGAUUUAUUAUUUUUAUCCAUAAAAUUGAGCUAGAAAUAAAAAUCGAGAAUUAGUAGUGACUCCGAAACGACGAUUUAUUAUUUUUAUCCAUAAAAUUGAGCUAGAAAUAAAAAUCGAGAAUUAGUAGUGACUCCGAAACGACGAUUUAUUAUUUUUAUCCAUAAAAUUGAGCUGAAAAUAAAAAUCGAGAAUUAGUAGUGACUCCGAAACGACGAUUUAUUAUUUUUAUCCAUAAAAUUGAGCUAGAAAUAAAAAUCGAGAAUUAGUAGUGACUCCGAAACGACGAUUUAUUAUUUUUAUCCAUAAAAUUGAGCUAGAAAUAAAAAUCGAGAAUUAGUAGUGACUCCGAAACGACGAUUUAUUAUUUUUAUCCAUAAAAUUGAGCUAGAAAUAAAAAUCGAGAAUUAGUAGUGACUCCGAAACGACGAUUUAUUAUUUUUAUCCAUAAAAUUGAGCUAGAAAUAAAAAUCGAGAAUUAGUAGUGACUCCGAAACGACGAUUUAUUAUUUUUAUCCAUAAAAUUGAGCUAGAAAUAAAAAUCGAGAAUUAGUAGUGACUCCGAAACGACGAUUUAUUAUUUUUAUCCAUAAAAUUGAGCUAGAAAUAAAAAUCGAGAAUUAGUAGUGACUCCGAAACGACGAUUUAUUAUUUUUAUCCAUAAAAUUGAGCUAGAAAUAAAAAUCGAGAAUUAGUAGUGACUCCGAAACGACGAUUUAUUAUUUUUAUCCAUAAAAUUGAGCUAGAAAUAAAAAUCGAGAAUUAGUAGUGACUCCGAAACGACGAUUUAUUAUUUUUAUCCAUAAAAUUGAGCUAGAAAUAAAAAUCGAGAAUUAGUAGUGACUCCGAAACGACGAUUUAUUAUUUUUAUCCAUAAAAUUGAGCUAGAAAUAAAAAUCGAGAAUUAUUAGUGACUCCGAAACGACGAUUUAUUAUUUUUAUCCAUAAAAUUGAGCUAGAAAUAAAAAUCGAGAAUUAUUAGUGACUCCGAAACGACGAUUUAUUAUUUUUAUCCAUAAAAUUGAGCUGAAAAUAAAAAUCGAGAAUUAGUAGUGACUCCGAAACGACGAUUUAUUAUUUUUAUCCAUAAAAUUGAGCUAGAAAUAAAAAUCGAGAAUUAGUAGUGACUCCGAAACGACGAUUUAUUAUUUUUAUCCAUAAAAUUGAGCUAGAAAUAAAAAUCGAGAAUUAGUAGUGACUCCGAAACGACGAUUUAUUAUUUUUAUCCAUAAAAUUGAGCUAGAAAUAAAAAUCGAGAAUUAGUAGUGACUCCGAAACGACGAUUUAUUAUUUUUAUCCAUAAAAUUGAGCUAGAAAUAAAAAUCGAGAAUUAUUAGUGACUCCGAAACGACGAUUUAUUAUUUUUAUCCAUAAAAUUGAGCUAGAAAUAAAAAUCGAGAAUUAUUAGUGACUCCGAAACGACGAUUUAUUAUUUUUAUCCAUAAAAUUGAGCUGAAAAUAAAAAUCGAGAAUUAGUAGUGACUCCGAAACGACGAUUUAUUAUUUUUAUCCAUAAAAUUGAGCUAGAAAUAAAAAUCGAGAAUUAGUAGUGACUCCGAAACGACGAUUUAUUAUUUUUAUCCAUAAAAUUGAGCUAGAAAUAAAAAUCGAGAAUUAGUAGUGACUCCGAAACGACGAUUUAUUAUUUUUAUCCAUAAAAUUGAGCUAGAAAUAAAAAUCGAGAAUUAGUAGUGACUCCGAAACGACGAUUUAUUAUUUUUAUCCAUAAAAUUGAGCUGAAAAUAAAAAUCGAGAAUUAGUAGUGACUCCGAAACGACGAUUUAUUAUUUUUAUCCAUAAAAUUGAGCUAGAAAUAAAAAUCGAGAAUUAGUAGUGACUCCGAAACGACGAUUUAUUAUUUUUAUCCAUAAAAUUGAGCUGAAAAUAAAAAUCGAGAAUUAGUAGUGACUCCGAAACGACGAUUUAUUAUUUUUAUCCAUAAAAUUGAGCUAGAAAUAAAAAUCGAGAAUUAGUAGUGACUCCGAAACGACGAUUUAUUAUUUUUAUCCAUAAAAUUGAGCUGAAAAUAAAAAUCGAGAAUUAGUAGUGACUCCGAAACGACGAUUUAUUAUUUUUAUCCAUAAAAUUGAGCUAGAAAUAAAAGUGACUCCGAAACGACGAUUUAUUAUUUUUAUCCAUAAAAUUGAGCUGAAAAUAAAAAUCGAGAAUUAGUAGUGACUCCGAAACGACGAUUUAUUAUUUUUAUCCAUAAAAUUGAGCUAGAAAUAAAAGUGACUCCGAAACGACGAUUUAUUAUUUUUAUCCAUAAAAUUGAGCUGAAAAUAAAAAUCGAGAAUUAGUAGUGACUCCGAAACGACGAUUUAUUAUUUUUAUCCAUAAAAUUGAGCUAGAAAUAAAAAUCGAGAAUUAGUAGUGACUCCGAAACGACGAUUUAUUAUUUUUAUCCAUAAAAUUGAGCUGAAAAUAAAAAUCGAGAAUUAGUAGUGACUCCGAAACGACGAUUUAUUAUUUUUAUCCAUAAAAUUGAGCUAGAAAUAAAAAUCGAGAAUUAGUAGUGACUCCGAAACGACGAUUUAUUAUUUUUAUCCAUAAAAUUGAGCUAGAAAUAAAAGUGACUCCGAAACGACGAUUUAUUAUUUUUAUCCAUAAAAUUGAGCUGAAAAUAAAAAUCGAGAAUUAGUAGUGACUCCGAAACGACGAUUUAUUAUUUUUAUCCAUAAAAUUGAGCUGAAAAUAAAAAUCGAGAAUUAGUAGUGACUCCGAAACGACGAUUUAUUAUUUUUAUCCAUAAAAUUGAGCUAGAAAUAAAAAUCGAGAAUUAGUAGUGACUCCGAAACGACGAUUUAUUAUUUUUAUCCAUAAAAUUGAGCUAGAAAUAAAAAUCGAGAAUUAGUAGUGACUUCGAAACGACGAUUUAUUAUUUUUAUCCAUAAAAUUGAGCUAGAAAUAAAAAUCGAGAAUUAGUAGUGACUUCGAAACGACGAUUUAUUAUUUUUAUCCAUAAAAUUGAGCUAGAAAUAAAAAUCGAGAAUUAUUAGUGACUUCGAAACGACGAUUUAUUAUUUUUAUCCAUAAAAUUGAGCUGAAAAUAAAAAUCGAGAAUUAUUAGUGACUUCGAAACGACGAUUUAUUAUUUUUAUCCAUAAAAUUGAGCUGAAAAUAAAAAUCGAGAAUUAUUAGUGACUCCGAAACGACGAUUUAUUAUUUUUAUCCAUAAAAUUGAGCUAGAAAUAAAAAUCGAGAAUUAGUAGUGACUUCGAAACGACGAUUUAUUAUUUUUAUCCAUAAAAUUGAGCUAGAAAUAAAAAUCGAGAAUUAGUAGUGACUUCGAAACGACGAUUUAUUAUUUUUAUCCAUAAAAUUGAGCUAGAAAUAAAAAUCGAGAAUUAGUAGUGACUUCGAAACGACGAUUUAUUAUUUUUAUCCAUAAAAUUGAGCUAGAAAUAAAAAUCGAGAAUUAGUAGUGACUUCGAAACGACGAUUUAUUAUUUUUAUCCAUAAAAUUGAGCUAGAAAUAAAAAUCGAGAAUUAGUAGUGACUCCGAAACGACGAUUUAUUAUUUUUAUCCAUAAAAUUGAGCUAGAAAUAAAAAUCGAGAAUUAGUAGUGACUUCGAAACGACGAUUUAUUAUUUUUAUCCAUAAAAUUGAGCUAGAAAUAAAAAUCGAGAAUUAUUAGUGACUCCGAAACGACGAUUUAUUAUUUUUAUCCAUAAAAUUGAGCUAGAAAUAAAAAUCGAGAAUUAGUAGUGACUCCGAAACGACGAUUUAUUAUUUUUAUCCAUAAAAUUGAGCUAGAAAUAAAAAUCGAGAAUUAGUAGUGACUUCGAAACGACGAUUUAUUAUUUUUAUCCAUAAAAUUGAGCUAGAAAUAAAAAUCGAGAAUUAGUAGUGACUCCGAAACGACGAUUUAUUAUUUUUAUCCAUAAAAUUGAGCUAGAAAUAAAAAUCGAGAAUUAUUAGUGACUCCGAAACGACGAUUUAUUAUUUUUAUCCAUAAAAUUGAGCUAGAAAUAAAAAUCGAGAAUUAGUAGUGACUUCGAAACGACGAUUUAUUAUUUUUAUCCAUAAAAUUGAGCUAGAAAUAAAAAUCGAGAAUUAGUAGUGACUCCGAAACGACGAUUUAUUAUUUUUAUCCAUAAAAUUGAGCUGAAAAUAAAAAUCGAGAAUUAGUAGUGACUCCGAAACGACGAUUUAUUAUUUUUAUCCAUAAAAUUGAGCUAGAAAUAAAAAUCGAGAAUUAGUAGUGACUCCGAAACGACGAUUUAUUAUUUUUAUCCAUAAAAUUGAGCUGAAAAUAAAAAUCGAGAAUUAGUAGUGACUCCGAAACGACGAUUUAUUAUUUUUAUCCAUAAAAUUGAGCUAGAAAUAAAAAUCGAGAAUUAGUAGUGACUCCGAAACGACGAUUUAUUAUUUUUAUCCAUAAAAUUGAGCUGAAAAUAAAAAUCGAGAAUUAGUAGUGACUUCGAAACGACGAUUUAUUAUUUUUAUCCAUAAAAUUGAGCUAGAAAUAAAAAUCGAGAAUUAGUAGUGACUUCGAAACGACGAUUUAUUAUUUUUAUCCAUAAAAUUGAGCUAGAAAUAAAAAUCGAGAAUUAGUAGUGACUCCGAAACGACGAUUUAUUAUUUUUAUCCAUAAAAUUGAGCUAGAAAUAAAAAUCGAGAAUUAUUAGUGACUCCGAAACGACGAUUUAUUAUUUUUAUCCAUAAAAUUGAGCUAGAAAUAAAAAUCGAGAAUUAGUAGUGACUUCGAAACGACGAUUUAUUAUUUUUAUCCAUAAAAUUGAGCUAGAAAUAAAAAUCGAGAAUUAGUAGUGACUCCGAAACGACGAUUUAUUAUUUUUAUCCAUAAAAUUGAGCUGAAAAUAAAAAUCGAGAAUUAGUAGUGACUCCGAAACGACGAUUUAUUAUUUUUAUCCAUAAAAUUGAGCUAGAAAUAAAAAUCGAGAAUUAGUAGUGACUCCGAAACGACGAUUUAUUAUUUUUAUCCAUAAAAUUGAGCUGAAAAUAAAAAUCGAGAAUUAGUAGUGACUCCGAAACGACGAUUUAUUAUUUUUAUCCAUAAAAUUGAGCUAGAAAUAAAAAUCGAGAAUUAGUAGUGACUCCGAAACGACGAUUUAUUAUUUUUAUCCAUAAAAUUGAGCUGAAAAUAAAAAUCGAGAAUUAGUAGUGACUCCGAAACGACGAUUUAUUAUUUUUAUCCAUAAAAUUGAGCUAGAAAUAAAAGUGACUCCGAAACGACGAUUUAUUAUUUUUAUCCAUAAAAUUGAGCUGAAAAUAAAAAUCGAGAAUUAGUAGUGACUCCGAAACGACGAUUUAUUAUUUUUAUCCAUAAAAUUGAGCUAGAAAUAAAAGUGACUCCGAAACGACGAUUUAUUAUUUUUAUCCAUAAAAUUGAGCUGAAAAUAAAAAUCGAGAAUUAGUAGUGACUCCGAAACGACGAUUUAUUAUUUUUAUCCAUAAAAUUGAGCUAGAAAUAAAAAUCGAGAAUUAGUAGUGACUCCGAAACGACGAUUUAUUAUUUUUAUCCAUAAAAUUGAGCUGAAAAUAAAAAUCGAGAAUUAGUAGUGACUCCGAAACGACGAUUUAUUAUUUUUAUCCAUAAAAUUGAGCUAGAAAUAAAAAUCGAGAAUUAGUAGUGACUCCGAAACGACGAUUUAUUAUUUUUAUCCAUAAAAUUGAGCUAGAAAUAAAAGUGACUCCGAAACGACGAUUUAUUAUUUUUAUCCAUAAAAUUGAGCUGAAAAUAAAAAUCGAGAAUUAGUAGUGACUCCGAAACGACGAUUUAUUAUUUUUAUCCAUAAAAUUGAGCUGAAAAUAAAAAUCGAGAAUUAGUAGUGACUCCGAAACGACGAUUUAUUAUUUUUAUCCAUAAAAUUGAGCUAGAAAUAAAAAUCGAGAAUUAGUAGUGACUCCGAAACGACGAUUUAUUAUUUUUAUCCAUAAAAUUGAGCUAGAAAUAAAAAUCGAGAAUUAGUAGUGACUUCGAAACGACGAUUUAUUAUUUUUAUCCAUAAAAUUGAGCUAGAAAUAAAAAUCGAGAAUUAGUAGUGACUUCGAAACGACGAUUUAUUAUUUUUAUCCAUAAAAUUGAGCUAGAAAUAAAAAUCGAGAAUUAUUAGUGACUUCGAAACGACGAUUUAUUAUUUUUAUCCAUAAAAUUGAGCUGAAAAUAAAAAUCGAGAAUUAUUAGUGACUUCGAAACGACGAUUUAUUAUUUUUAUCCAUAAAAUUGAGCUGAAAAUAAAAAUCGAGAAUUAUUAGUGACUCCGAAACGACGAUUUAUUAUUUUUAUCCAUAAAAUUGAGCUAGAAAUAAAAAUCGAGAAUUAGUAGUGACUUCGAAACGACGAUUUAUUAUUUUUAUCCAUAAAAUUGAGCUAGAAAUAAAAAUCGAGAAUUAGUAGUGACUUCGAAACGACGAUUUAUUAUUUUUAUCCAUAAAAUUGAGCUAGAAAUAAAAAUCGAGAAUUAGUAGUGACUUCGAAACGACGAUUUAUUAUUUUUAUCCAUAAAAUUGAGCUAGAAAUAAAAAUCGAGAAUUAGUAGUGACUUCGAAACGACGAUUUAUUAUUUUUAUCCAUAAAAUUGAGCUAGAAAUAAAAAUCGAGAAUUAGUAGUGACUCCGAAACGACGAUUUAUUAUUUUUAUCCAUAAAAUUGAGCUAGAAAUAAAAAUCGAGAAUUAGUAGUGACUUCGAAACGACGAUUUAUUAUUUUUAUCCAUAAAAUUGAGCUAGAAAUAAAAAUCGAGAAUUAUUAGUGACUCCGAAACGACGAUUUAUUAUUUUUAUCCAUAAAAUUGAGCUAGAAAUAAAAAUCGAGAAUUAGUAGUGACUCCGAAACGACGAUUUAUUAUUUUUAUCCAUAAAAUUGAGCUAGAAAUAAAAAUCGAGAAUUAGUAGUGACUUCGAAACGACGAUUUAUUAUUUUUAUCCAUAAAAUUGAGCUAGAAAUAAAAAUCGAGAAUUAGUAGUGACUCCGAAACGACGAUUUAUUAUUUUUAUCCAUAAAAUUGAGCUAGAAAUAAAAAUCGAGAAUUAUUAGUGACUCCGAAACGACGAUUUAUUAUUUUUAUCCAUAAAAUUGAGCUAGAAAUAAAAAUCGAGAAUUAGUAGUGACUUCGAAACGACGAUUUAUUAUUUUUAUCCAUAAAAUUGAGCUAGAAAUAAAAAUCGAGAAUUAUUAGUGACUCCGAAACGACGAUUUAUUAUUUUUAUCCAUAAAAUUGAGCUAGAAAUAAAAAUCGAGAAUUAUUAGUGACUCCGAAACGACGAUUUAUUAUUUUUAUCCAUAAAAUUGAGCUAGAAAUAAAAAUCGAGAAUUAGUAGUGACUCCGAAACGACGAUUUAUUAUUUUUAUCCAUAAAAUUGAGCUAGAAAUAAAAAUCGAGAAUUAUUAGUGACUCCGAAACGACGAUUUAUUAUUUUUAUCCAUAAAAUUGAGCUAGAAAUAAAAAUCGAGAAUUAUUAGUGACUCCGAAACGACGAUUUAUUAUUUUUAUCCAUAAAAUUGAGCUAGAAAUAAAAAUCGAGAAUUAGUAGUGACUCCGAAACGACGAUUUAUUAUUUUUAUCCAUAAAAUUGAGCUAGAAAUAAAAAUCGAGAAUUAUUAGUGACUCCGAAACGACGAUUUAUUAUUUUUAUCCAUAAAAUUGAGCUAGAAAUAAAAAUCGAGAAUUAGUAGUGACUCCGAAACGACGAUUUAUUAUUUUUAUCCAUAAAAUUGAGCUAGAAAUAAAAAUCGAGAAUUAGUAGUGACUCCGAAACGACGAUUUAUUAUUUUUAUCCAUAAAAUUGAGCUAGAAAUAAAAAUCGAGAAUUAUUAGUGACUCCGAAACGACGAUUUAUUAUUUUUAUCCAUAAAAUUGAGCUAGAAAUAAAAAUCGAGAAUUAGUAGUGACUCCGAAACGACGAUUUAUUAUUUUUAUCCAUAAAAUUGAGCUAGAAAUAAAAAUCGAGAAUUAGUAGUGACUCCGAAACGACGAUUUAUUAUUUUUAUCCAUAAAAUUGAGCUAGAAAUAAAAAUCGAGAAUUAUUAGUGACUCCGAAACGACGAUUUAUUAUUUUUAUCCAUAAAAUUGAGCUAGAAAUAAAAAUCGAGAAUUAGUAGUGACUCCGAAACGACGAUUUAUUAUUUUUAUCCAUAAAAUUGAGCUAGAAAUAAAAAUCGAGAAUUAGUAGUGACUCCGAAACGACGAUUUAUUAUUUUUAUCCAUAAAAUUGAGCUAGAAAUAAAAAUCGAGAAUUAUUAGUGACUCCGAAACGACGAUUUAUUAUUUUUAUCCAUAAAAUUGAGCUAGAAAUAAAAAUCGAGAAUUAGUAGUGACUCCGAAACGACGAUUUAUUAUUUUUAUCCAUAAAAUUGAGCUAGAAAUAAAAAUCGAGAAUUAUUAGUGACUCCGAAACGACGAUUUAUUAUUUUUAUCCAUAAAAUUGAGCUAGAAAUAAAAAUCGAGAAUUAUUAGUGACUCCGAAACGACGAUUUAUUAUUUUUAUCCAUAAAAUUGAGCUAGAAAUAAAAAUCGAGAAUUAGUAGUGACUUCGAAACGACGAUUUAUUAUUUUUAUCCAUAAAAUUGAGCUAGAAAUAAAAAUCGAGAAUUAGUAGUGACUCCGAAACGACGAUUUAUUAUUUUUAUCCAUAAAAUUGAGCUAGAAAUAAAAAUCGAGAAUUAUUAGUGACUCCGAAACGACGAUUUAUUAUUUUUAUCCAUAAAAUUGAGCUAGAAAUAAAAAUCGAGAAUUAUUAGUGACUCCGAAACGACGAUUUAUUAUUUUUAUCCAUAAAAUUGAGCUAGAAAUAAAAAUCGAGAAUUAGUAGUGACUUCGAAACGACGAUUUAUUAUUUUUAUCCAUAAAAUUGAGCUAGAAAUAAAAAUCGAGAAUUAGUAGUGACUCCGAAACGACGAUUUAUUAUUUUUAUCCAUAAAAUUGAGCUACAAAUAAAAAUCGAGAAUUAUUAGUGACUCCGAAACGACGAUUUAUUAUUUUUAUCCAUAAAAUUGAGCUAGAAAUAAAAAUCGAGAAUUAGUAGUGACUCCGAAACGACGAUUUAUUAUUUUUAUCCAUAAAAUUGAGCUAGAAAUAAAAAUCGAGAAUUAUUAGUGACUCCGAAACGACGAUUUAUUAUUUUUAUCCAUAAAAUUGAGCUAGAAAUAAAAAUCGAGAAUUAUUAGUGACUCCGAAACGACGAUUUAUUAUUUUUAUCCAUAAAAUUGAGCUAGAAAUAAAAAUCGAGAAUUAGUAGUGACUCCGAAACGACGAUUUAUUAUUUUUAUCCAUAAAAUUGAGCUAGAAAUAAAAAUCGAGAAUUAGUAGUGACUUCGAAACGACGAUUUAUUAUUUUUAUCCAUAAAAUUGAGCUAGAAAUAAAAAUCGAGAAUUAUUAGUGACUCCGAAACGACGAUUUAUUAUUUUUAUCCAUAAAAUUGAGCUAGAAAUAAAAAUCGAGAAUUAUUAGUGACUCCGAAACGACGAUUUAUUAUUUUUAUCCAUAAAAUUGAGCUAGAAAUAAAAAUCGAGAAUUAUUAGUGACUCCGAAACGACGAUUUAUUAUUUUUAUCCAUAAAAUUGAGCUAGAAAUAAAAAUCGAGAAUUAGUAGUGACUUCGAAACGACGAUUUAUUAUUUUUAUCCAUAAAAUUGAGCUAGAAAUAAAAAUCGAGAAUUAUUAGUGACUCCGAAACGACGAUUUAUUAUUUUUAUCCAUAAAAUUGAGCUAGAAAUAAAAAUCGAGAAUUAUUAGUGACUCCGAAACGACGAUUUAUUAUUUUUAUCCAUAAAAUUGAGCUAGAAAUAAAAAUCGAGAAUUAGUAGUGACUCCGAAACGACGAUUUAUUAUUUUUAUCCAUAAAAUUGAGCUAGAAAUAAAAAUCGAGAAUUAGUAGUGACUUCGAAACGACGAUUUAUUAUUUUUAUCCAUAAAAUUGAGCUAGAAAUAAAAAUCGAGAAUUAUUAGUGACUCCGAAACGACGAUUUAUUAUUUUUAUCCAUAAAAUUGAGCUAGAAAUAAAAAUCGAGAAUUAGUAGUGACUCCGAAACGACGAUUUAUUAUUUUUAUCCAUAAAAUUGAGCUAGAAAUAAAAAUCGAGAAUUAGUAGUGACUUCGAAACGACGAUUUAUUAUUUUUAUCCAUAAAAUUGAGCUAGAAAUAAAAAUCGAGAAUUAUUAGUGACUCCGAAACGACGAUUUAUUAUUUUUAUCCAUAAAAUUGAGCUAGAAAUAAAAAUCGAGAAUUAGUAGUGACUCCGAAACGACGAUUUAUUAUUUUUAUCCAUAAAAUUGAGCUAGAAAUAAAAAUCGAGAAUUAGUAGUGACUUCGAAACGACGAUUUAUUAUUUUUAUCCAUAAAAUUGAGCUAGAAAUAAAAAUCGAGAAUUAGUAGUGACUUCGAAACGACGAUUUAUUAUUUUUAUCCAUAAAAUUGAGCUAGAAAUAAAAAUCGAGAAUUAGUAGUGACUUCGAAACGACGAUUUAUUAUUUUUAUCCAUAAAAUUGAGCUAGAAAUAAAAAUCGAGAAUUAGUAGUGACUUCGAAACGACGAUUUAUUAUUUUUAUCCAUAAAAUUGAGCUAGAAAUAAAAAUCGAGAAUUAGUAGUGACUCCGAAACGACGAUUUAUUAUUUUUAUCCAUAAAAUUGAGCUAGAAAUAAAAAUCGAGAAUUAGUAGUGACUUCGAAACGACGAUUUAUUAUUUUUAUCCAUAAAAUUGAGCUAGAAAUAAAAAUCGAGAAUUAGUAGUGACUUCGAAACGACGAUUUAUUAUUUUUAUCCAUAAAAUUGAGCUAGAAAUAAAAAUCGAGAAUUAGUAGUGACUUCGAAACGACGAUUUAUUAUUUUUAUCCAUAAAAUUGAGCUAGAAAUAAAAAUCGAGAAUUAUUAGUGACUCCGAAACGACGAUUUAUUAUUUUUAUCCAUAAAAUUGAGCUAGAAAUAAAAAUCGAGAAUUAGUAGUGACUUCGAAACGACGAUUUAUUAUUUUUAUCCAUAAAAUUGAGCUAGAAAUAAAAAUCGAGAAUUAGUAGUGACUCCGAAACGACGAUUUAUUAUUUUUAUCCAUAAAAUUGAGCUGAAAAUAAAAAUCGAGAAUUAGUAGUGACUCCGAAACGACGAUUUAUUAUUUUUAUCCAUAAAAUUGAGCUAGAAAUAAAAAUCGAGAAUUAUUAGUGACUCCGAAACGACGAUUUAUUAUUUUUAUCCAUAAAAUUGAGCUAGAAAUAAAAAUCGAGAAUUAGUAGUGACUCCGAAACGACGAUUUAUUAUUUUUAUCCAUAAAAUUGAGCUAGAAAUAAAAAUCGAGAAUUAUUAGUGACUCCGAAACGACGAUUUAUUAUUUUUAUCCAUAAAAUUGAGCUAGAAAUAAAAAUCGAGAAUUAGUAGUGACUCCGAAACGACGAUUUAUUAUUUUUAUCCAUAAAAUUGAGCUAGAAAUAAAAAUCGAGAAUUAUUAGUGACUCCGAAACGACGAUUUAUUAUUUUUAUCCAUAAAAUUGAGCUAGAAAUAAAAAUCGAGAAUUAUUAGUGACUCCGAAACGACGAUUUAUUAUUUUUAUCCAUAAAAUUGAGCUAGAAAUAAAAAUCGAGAAUUAGUAGUGACUCCGAAACGACGAUUUAUUAUUUUUAUCCAUAAAAUUGAGCUAGAAAUAAAAAUCGAGAAUUAGUAGUGACUUCGAAACGACGAUUUAUUAUUUUUAUCCAUAAAAUUGAGCUAGAAAUAAAAAUCGAGAAUUAUUAGUGACUCCGAAACGACGAUUUAUUAUUUUUAUCCAUAAAAUUGAGCUAGAAAUAAAAAUCGAGAAUUAUUAGUGACUCCGAAACGACGAUUUAUUAUUUUUAUCCAUAAAAUUGAGCUAGAAAUAAAAAUCGAGAAUUAUUAGUGACUCCGAAACGACGAUUUAUUAUUUUUAUCCAUAAAAUUGAGCUAGAAAUAAAAAUCGAGAAUUAGUAGUGACUUCGAAACGACGAUUUAUUAUUUUUAUCCAUAAAAUUGAGCUAGAAAUAAAAAUCGAGAAUUAUUAGUGACUCCGAAACGACGAUUUAUUAUUUUUAUCCAUAAAAUUGAGCUAGAAAUAAAAAUCGAGAAUUAUUAGUGACUCCGAAACGACGAUUUAUUAUUUUUAUCCAUAAAAUUGAGCUAGAAAUAAAAAUCGAGAAUUAGUAGUGACUUCGAAACGACGAUUUAUUAUUUUUAUCCAUAAAAUUGAGCUAGAAAUAAAAAUCGAGAAUUAUUAGUGACUCCGAAACGACGAUUUAUUAUUUUUAUCCAUAAAAUUGAGCUAGAAAUAAAAAUCGAGAAUUAGUAGUGACUCCGAAACGACGAUUUAUUAUUUUUAUCCAUAAAAUUGAGCUAGAAAUAAAAAUCGAGAAUUAGUAGUGACUUCGAAACGACGAUUUAUUAUUUUUAUCCAUAAAAUUGAGCUAGAAAUAAAAAUCGAGAAUUAGUAGUGACUCCGAAACGACGAUUUAUUAUUUUUAUCCAUAAAAUUGAGCUGAAAAUAAAAAUCGAGAAUUAGUAGUGACUCCGAAACGACGAUUUAUUAUUUUUAUCCAUAAAAUUGAGCUAGAAAUAAAAAUCGAGAAUUAGUAGUGACUCCGAAACGACGAUUUAUUAUUUUUAUCCAUAAAAUUGAGCUAGAAAUAAAAAUCGAGAAUUAGUAGUGACUCCGAAACGACGAUUUAUUAUUUUUAUCCAUAAAAUUGAGCUAGAAAUAAAAAUCGAGAAUUAGUAGUGACUCCGAAACGACGAUUUAUUAUUUUUAUCCAUAAAAUUGAGCUAGAAAUAAAAAUCGAGAAUUAGUAGUGACUCCGAAACGACGAUUUAUUAUUUUUAUCCGUAAAAUUGAGCUAGAAAUAAAAAUCGAGAAUUAGUAGUGACUCCGAAACGACGAUUUAUUAUUUUUAUCCAUAAAAUUGAGCUAGAAAUAAAAAUCGAGAAUUAGUAGUGACUUCGAAACGACGAUUUAUUAUUUUUAUCCAUAAAAUUGAGCUAGAAAUAAAAAUCGAGAAUUAGUAGUGACUCCGAAACGACGAUUUAUUAUUUUUAUCCAUAAAAUUGAGCUAGAAAUAAAAAUCGAGAAUUAGUAGUGACUCCGAAACGACGAUUUAUUAUUUUUAUCCAUAAAAUUGAGCUAGAAAUAAAAAUCGAGAAUUAUUAGUGACUCCGAAACGACGAUUUAUUAUUUUUAUCCAUAAAAUUGAGCUAGAAAUAAAAAUCGAGAAUUAUUAGUGACUCCGAAACGACGAUUUAUUAUUUUUAUCCAUAAAAUUGAGCUAGAAAUAAAAAUCGAGAAUUAGUAGUGACUUCGAAACGACGAUUUAUUAUUUUUAUCCAUAAAAUUGAGCUAGAAAUAAAAAUCGAGAAUUAGUAGUGACUUCGAAACGACGAUUUAUUAUUUUUAUCCAUAAAAUUGAGCUAGAAAUAAAAAUCGAGAAUUAGUAGUGACUCCGAAACGACGAUUUAUUAUUUUUAUCCAUAAAAUUGAGCUGAAAAUAAAAAUCGAGAAUUAGUAGUGACUCCGAAACGACGAUUUAUUAUUUUUAUCCAUAAAAUUGAGCUAGAAAUAAAAAUCGAGAAUUAGUAGUGACUCCGAAACGACGAUUUAUUAUUUUUAUCCAUAAAAUUGAGCUGAAAAUAAAAAUCGAGAAUUAGUAGUGACUCCGAAACGACGAUUUAUUAUUUUUAUCCAUAAAAUUGAGCUGAAAAUAAAAAUCGAGAAUUAGUAGUGACUCCGAAACGACGAUUUAUUAUUUUUAUCCAUAAAAUUGAGCUAGAAAUAAAAAUCGAGAAUUAGUAGUGACUCCGAAACGACGAUUUAUUAUUUUUAUCCAUAAAAUUGAGCUAGAAAUAAAAAUCGAGAAUUAGUAGUGACUCCGAAACGACGAUUUAUUAUUUUUAUCCAUAAAAUUGAGCUAGAAAUAAAAAUCGAGAAUUAGUAGUGACUCCGAAACGACGAUUUAUUAUUUUUAUCCAUAAAAUUGAGCUAGAAAUAAAAAUCGAGAAUUAGUAGUGACUCCGAAACGACGAUUUAUUAUUUUUAUCCAUAAAAUUGAGCUGAAAAUAAAAAUCGAGAAUUAGUAGUGACUCCGAAACGACGAUUUAUUAUUUUUAUCCAUAAAAUUGAGCUAGAAAUAAAAAUCGAGAAUUAGUAGUGACUCCGAAACGACGAUUUAUUAUUUUUAUCCAUAAAAUUGAGCUGAAAAUAAAAAUCGAGAAUUACUAGUGACUCCGAAACGACGAUUUAUUAUUUUUAUCCAUAAAAUUGAGCUAGAAAUAAAAAUCGAGAAUUAGUAGUGACUCCGAAACGACGAUUUAUUAUUUUUAUCCAUAAAAUUGAGCUAGAAAUAAAAAUCGAGAAUUAGUAGUGACUCCGAAACGACGAUUUAUUAUUUUUAUCCAUAAAAUUGAGCUGAAAAUAAAAAUCGAGAAUUACUAGUGACUCCGAAACGACGAUUUAUUAUUUUUAUCCAUAAAAUUGAGCUAGAAAUAAAAAUCGAGAAUUAGUAGUGACUCCGAAACGACGAUUUAUUAUUUUUAUCCAUAAAAUUGAGCUAGAAAUAAAAAUCGAGAAUUACUAGUGACUCCGAAACGACGAUUUAUUAUUUUUAUCCAUAAAAUUGAGCUAGAAAUAAAAAUCGAGAAUUAGUAGUGACUCCGAAACGACGAUUUAUUAUUUUUAUCCAUAAAAUUGAGCUAGAAAUAAAAAUCGAGAAUUAGUAGUGACUCCGAAACGACGAUUUAUUAUUUUUAUCCAUAAAAUUGAGCUGAAAAUAAAAAUCGAGAAUUACUAGUGACUCCGAAACGACGAUUUAUUAUUUUUAUCCAUAAAAUUGAGCUAGAAAUAAAAAUCGAGAAUUAGUAGUGACUCCGAAACGACGAUUUAUUAUUUUUAUCCAUAAAAUUGAGCUAGAAAUAAAAAUCGAGAAUUACUAGUGACUCCGAAACGACGAUUUAUUAUUUUUAUCCAUAAAAUUGAGCUAGAAAUAAAAAUCGAGAAUUAGUAGUGACUCCGAAACGACGAUUUAUUAUUUUUAUCCAUAAAAUUGAGCUGAAAAUAAAAAUCGAGAAUUAGUAGUGACUCCGAAACGACGAUUUAUUAUUUUUAUCCAUAAAAUUGAGCUAGAAAUAAAAAUCGAGAAUUAGUAGUGACUCCGAAACGACGAUUUAUUAUUUUUAUCCAUAAAAUUGAGCUAGAAAUAAAAAUCGAGAAUUAGUAGUGACUCCGAAACGACGAUUUAUUAUUUUUAUCCAUAAAAUUGAGCUAGAAAUAAAAAUCGAGAAUUAGUAGUGACUCCGAAACGACGAUUUAUUAUUUUUAUCCAUAAAAUUGAGCUAGAAAUAAAAAUCGAGAAUUAGUAGUGACUCCGAAACGACGAUUUAUUAUUUUUAUCCAUAAAAUUGAGCUGAAAAUAAAAAUCGAGAAUUAUUAGUGACUCCGAAACGACGAUUUAUUAUUUUUAUCCAUAAAAUUGAGCUAGAAAUAAAAAUCGAGAAUUAUUAGUGACUCCGAAACGACGAUUUAUUAUUUUUAUCCAUAAAAUUGAGCUAGAAAUAAAAAUCGAGAAUUAGUAGUGACUCCGAAACGACGAUUUAUUAUUUUUAUCCAUAAAAUUGAGCUGAAAAUAAAAAUCGAGAAUUAGUAGUGACUCCGAAACGACGAUUUAUUAUUUUUAUCCAUAAAAUUGAGCUAGAAAUAAAAAUCGAGAAUUAUUAGUGACUCCGAAACGACGAUUUAUUAUUUUUAUCCAUAAAAUUGAGCUAGAAAUAAAAAUCGAGAAUUAUUAGUGACUCCGAAACGACGAUUUAUUAUUUUUAUCCAUAAAAUUGAGCUAGAAAUAAAAAUCGAGAAUUAUUAGUGACUUCGAAACGACGAUUUAUUAUUUUUAUCCAUAAAAUUGAGCUAGAAAUAAAAAUCGAGAAUUAGUAGUGACUCCGAAACGACGAUUUAUUAUUUUUAUCCAUAAAAUUGAGCUGAAAAUAAAAAUCGAGAAUUAGUAGUGACUCCGAAACGACGAUUUAUUAUUUUUAUCCAUAAAAUUGAGCUAGAAAUAAAAAUCGAGAAUUAUUAGUGACUCCGAAACGACGAUUUAUUAUUUUUAUCCAUAAAAUUGAGCUAGAAAUAAAAAUCGAGAAUUAUUAGUGACUUCGAAACGACGAUUUAUUAUUUUUAUCCAUAAAAUUGAGCUAGAAAUAAAAAUCGAGAAUUAUUAGUGACUCCGAAACGACGAUUUAUUAUUUUUAUCCAUAAAAUUGAGCUAGAAAUAAAAAUCGAGAAUUAGUAGUGACUCCAAAACGACGAUUUAUUAUUUUUAUCCAUAAAAUUGAGCUGAAAAUAAAAAUCGAGAAUUAGUAGUGACUCCGAAACGACGAUUUAUUAUUUUUAUCCAUAAAAUUGAGCUGAAAAUAAAAAUCGAGAAUUAGUAGUGACUCCGAAACGACGAUUUAUUAUUUUUAUCCAUAAAAUUGAGCUGAAAAUAAAAAUCGAGAAUUAGUAGUGACUCCGAAACGACGAUUUAUUAUUUUUAUCCAUAAAAUUGAGCUGAAAAUAAAAAUCGAGAAUUAGUAGUGACUCCGAAACGACGAUUUAUUAUUUUUAUCCAUAAAAUUGAGCUAGAAAUAAAAAUCGAGAAUUAGUAGUGACUCCGAAACGACGAUUUAUUAUUUUUAUCCAUAAAAUUGAGCUAGAAAUAAAAAUCGAGAAUUAGUAGUGACUCCGAAACGACGAUUUAUUAUUUUUAUCCAUAAAAUUGAGCUAGAAAUAAAAAUCGAGAAUUAGUAGUGACUCCGAAACGACGAUUUAUUAUUUUUAUCCAUAAAAUUGAGCUGAAAAUAAAAAUCGAGAAUUAUUAGUGACUCCGAAACGACGAUUUAUUAUUUUUAUCCAUAAAAUUGAGCUAGAAAUAAAAAUCGAGAAUUAUUAGUGACUUCGAAACGACGAUUUAUUAUUUUUAUCCAUAAAAUUGAGCUAGAAAUAAAAAUCGAGAAUUAGUAGUGACUCCGAAACGACGAUUUAUUAUUUUUAUCCAUAAAAUUGAGCUGAAAAUAAAAAUCGAGAAUUAGUAGUGACUCCGAAACGACGAUUUAUUAUUUUUAUCCAUAAAAUUGAGCUAGAAAUAAAAAUCGAGAAUUAUUAGUGACUCCGAAACGACGAUUUAUUAUUUUUAUCCAUAAAAUUGAGCUAGAAAUAAAAAUCGAGAAUUAUUAGUGACUUCGAAACGACGAUUUAUUAUUUUUAUCCAUAAAAUUGAGCUAGAAAUAAAAAUCGAGAAUUAUUAGUGACUCCGAAACGACGAUUUAUUAUUUUUAUCCAUAAAAUUGAGCUAGAAAUAAAAAUCGAGAAUUAGUAGUGACUCCAAAACGACGAUUUAUUAUUUUUAUCCAUAAAAUUGAGCUAGAAAUAAAAAUCGAGAAUUAUUAGUGACUUCGAAACGACGAUUUAUUAUUUUUAUCCAUAAAAUUGAGCUGAAAAUAAAAAUCGAGAAUUAGUAGUGACUCCGAAACGACGAUUUAUUAUUUUUAUCCAUAAAAUUGAGCUGAAAAUAAAAAUCGAGAAUUAGUAGUGACUCCGAAACGACGAUUUAUUAUUUUUAUCCAUAAAAUUGAGCUAGAAAUAAAAAUCGAGAAUUAGUAGUGACUCCGAAACGACGAUUUAUUAUUUUUAUCCAUAAAAUUGAGCUAGAAAUAAAAGUGACUUCGAAACGACGAUUUAUUAUUUUUAUCCAUAAAAUUGAGCUAGAAAUAAAAAUCGAGAAUUAGUAGUGACUCCGAAACGACGAUUUAUUAUUUUUAUCCAUGAAAUUGAGCUAGAAAUAAAAAUCGAGAAUUAGUAGUGACUCCGAAACGACGAUUUAUUAUUUUUAUCCAUGAAAUUGAGCUAGAAAUAAAAAUCGAGAAUUACUAGUGACUCCGAAACGACGAUUUAUUAUUUUUAUCCAUAAAAUUGAGCUGAAAAUAAAAAUCGAGAAUUAGUAGUGACUCCGAAACGACGAUUUAUUAUUUUUAUCCAUAAAAUUGAGCUGAAAAUAAAAAUCGAGAAUUAGUAGUGACUCCGAAACGACGAUUUAUUAUUUUUAUCCAUAAAAUUGAGCUAGAAAUAAAAAUCGAGAAUUAGUAGUGACUCCGAAACGACGAUUUAUUAUUUUUAUCCAUAAAAUUGAGCUAGAAAUAAAAGUGACUUCGAAACGACGAUUUAUUAUUUUUAUCCAUAAAAUUGAGCUAGAAAUAAAAAUCGAGAAUUAGUAGUGACUCCGAAACGACGAUUUAUUAUUUUUAUCCAUGAAAUUGAGCUAGAAAUAAAAAUCGAGAAUUAGUAGUGACUCCGAAACGACGAUUUAUUAUUUUUAUCCAUAAAAUUGAGCUAGAAAUAAAAAUCGAGAAUUAGUAGUGACUCCGAAACGACGAUUUAUUAUUUUUAUCCAUAAAAUUGAGCUAGAAAUAAAAAUCGAGAAUUAGUAGUGACUCCGAAACGACGAUUUAUUAUUUUUAUCCAUAAAAUUGAGCUGAAAAUAAAAAUCGAGAAUUAGUAGUGACUCCGAAACGACGAUUUAUUAUUUUUAUCCAUAAAAUUGAGCUGAAAAUAAAAAUCGAGAAUUAGUAGUGACUCCGAAACGACGAUUUAUUAUUUUUAUCCAUAAAAUUGAGCUAGAAAUAAAAAUCGAGAAUUAGUAGUGACUCCGAAACGACGAUUUAUUAUUUUUAUCCAUAAAAUUGAGCUAGAAAUAAAAAUCGAGAAUUAGUAGUGACUCCGAAACGACGAUUUAUUAUUUUUAUCCAUAAAAUUGAGCUAGAAAUAAAAAUCGAGAAUUAGUAGUGACUCCGAAACGACGAUUUAUUAUUUUUAUCCAUAAAAUUGAGCUAGAAAUAAAAAUCGAGAAUUAGUAGUGACUCCGAAACGACGAUUUAUUAUUUUUAUCCAUAAAAUUGAGCUAGAAAUAAAAGUGACUUCGAAACGACGAUUUAUUAUUUUUAUCCAUAAAAUUGAGCUAGAAAUAAAAAUCGAGAAUUAGUAGUGACUCCGAAACGACGAUUUAUUAUUUUUAUCCAUGAAAUUGAGCUAGAAAUAAAAAUCGAGAAUUAGUAGUGACUCCGAAACGACGAUUUAUUAUUUUUAUCCAUAAAAUUGAGCUAGAAAUAAAAAUCGAGAAUUAGUAGUGACUCCGAAACGACGAUUUAUUAUUUUUAUCCAUAAAAUUGAGCUGAAAAUAAAAAUCGAGAAUUAGUAGUGACUCCGAAACGACGAUUUAUUAUUUUUAUCCAUAAAAUUGAGCUGAAAAUAAAAAUCGAGAAUUAGUAGUGACUCCGAAACGACGAUUUAUUAUUUUUAUCCAUAAAAUUGAGCUAGAAAUAAAAAUCGAGAAUUAGUAGUGACUCCGAAACGACGAUUUAUUAUUUUUAUCCAUAAAAUUGAGCUAGAAAUAAAAAUCGAGAAUUAGUAGUGACUCCGAAACGACGAUUUAUUAUUUUUAUCCAUAAAAUUGAGCUAGAAAUAAAAAUCGAGAAUUAGUAGUGACUCCGAAACGACGAUUUAUUAUUUUUAUCCAUAAAAUUGAGCUAGAAAUAAAAAUCGAGAAUUACUAGUGACUUCGAAACGACGAUUUAUUAUUUUUAUCCAUAAAAUUGAGCUAGAAAUAAAAAUCGAGAAUUAGUAGUGACUUCGAAACGACGAUUUAUUAUUUUUAUCCAUAAAAUAGAGCUAGAAAUAAAAAUCGAGAAUUAGUAGUGACUCCGAAACGACGAUUUAUUAUUUUUAUCCAUAAAAUUGAGCUGAAAAUAAAAAUCGAGAAUUAGUAGUGACUCCGAAACGACGAUUUAUUAUUUUUAUCCAUAAAAUUGAGCUGAAAAUAAAAAUCGAGAAUUAGUAGUGACUCCGAAACGACGAUUUAUUAUUUUUAUCCAUAAAAUUGAGCUAGAAAUAAAAAUCGAGAAUUAGUAGUGACUCCGAAACGACGAUUUAUUAUUUUUAUCCAUAAAAUUGAGCUGAAAAUAAAAAUCGAGAAUUAGUAGUGACUCCGAAACGACGAUUUAUUAUUUUUAUCCAUAAAAUUGAGCUAGAAAUAAAAAUCGAGAAUUAGUAGUGACUCCGAAACGACGAUUUAUUAUUUUUAUCCAUAAAAUUGAGCUAGAAAUAAAAAUCGAGAAUUAGUAGUGACUCCGAAACGACGAUUUAUUAUUUUUAUCCAUAAAAUUGAGCUAGAAAUAAAAAUCGAGAAUUAGUAGUGACUCCGAAACGACGAUUUAUUAUUUUUAUCCAUAAAAUUGAGCUAGAAAUAAAAAUCGAGAAUUAGUAGUGACUCCGAAACGACGAUUUAUUAUUUUUAUCCAUAAAAUUGAGCUAGAAAUAAAAGUGACUUCGAAACGACGAUUUAUUAUUUUUAUCCAUAAAAUUGAGCUAGAAAUAAAAAUCGAGAAUUAGUAGUGACUCCGAAACGACGAUUUAUUAUUUUUAUCCAUGAAAUUGAGCUAGAAAUAAAAAUCGAGAAUUAGUAGUGACUCCGAAACGACGAUUUAUUAUUUUUAUCCAUAAAAUUGAGCUAGAAAUAAAAAUCGAGAAUUAGUAGUGACUCCGAAACGACGAUUUAUUAUUUUUAUCCAUAAAAUUGAGCUGAAAAUAAAAAUCGAGAAUUAGUAGUGACUCCGAAACGACGAUUUAUUAUUUUUAUCCAUAAAAUUGAGCUGAAAAUAAAAAUCGAGAAUUAUUAGUGACUCCGAAACGACGAUUUAUUAUUUUUAUCCAUAAAAUUGAGCUGAAAAUAAAAAUCGAGAAUUAGUGACUCCGAAACGACGAUUUAUUAUUUUUAUCCAUAAAAUUGAGCUGAAAAUAAAAAUCGAGAAUUAGUAGUGACUCCGAAACGACGAUUUAUUAUUUUUAUCCAUAAAAUUGAGCUGAAAAUAAAAAUCGAGAAUUAGUAGUGACUCCGAAACGACGAUUUAUUAUUUUUAUCCAUAAAAUUGAGCUAGAAAUAAAAAUCGAGAAUUAGUAGUGACUCCGAAACGACGAUUUAUUAUUUUUAUCCAUAAAAUUGAGCUGAAAAUAAAAAUCGAGAAUUAGUAGUGACUCCGAAACGACGAUUUAUUAUUUUUAUCCAUAAAAUUGAGCUAGAAAUAAAAAUCGAGAAUUAGUAGUGACUCCGAAACGACGAUUUAUUAUUUUUAUCCAUAAAAUUGAGCUAGAAAUAAAAAUCGAGAAUUAGUAGUGACUCCGAAACGACGAUUUAUUAUUUUUAUCCAUAAAAUUGAGCUAGAAAUAAAAAUCGAGAAUUACUAGUGACUCCGAAACGACGAUUUAUUAUUUUUAUCCAUAAAAUUGAGCUAGAAAUAAAAAUCGAGAAUUAGUAGUGACUCCGAAACGACGAUUUAUUAUUUUUAUCCAUAAAAUUGAGCUAGAAAUAAAAAUCGAGAAUUAGUAGUGACUCCGAAACGACGAUUUAUUAUUUUUAUCCAUAAAAUUGAGCUGAAAAUAAAAAUCGAGAAUUACUAGUGACUCCGAAACGACGAUUUAUUAUUUUUAUCCAUAAAAUUGAGCUAGAAAUAAAAAUCGAGAAUUAGUAGUGACUCCGAAACGACGAUUUAUUAUUUUUAUCCAUAAAAUUGAGCUAGAAAUAAAAAUCGAGAAUUAGUAGUGACUCCGAAACGACGAUUUAUUAUUUUUAUCCAUAAAAUUGAGCUGAAAAUAAAAAUCGAGAAUUACUAGUGACUCCGAAACGACGAUUUAUUAUUUUUAUCCAUAAAAUUGAGCUGAAAAUAAAAAUCGAGAAUUAGUAGUGACUCCGAAACGACGAUUUAUUAUUUUUAUCCAUAAAAUUGAGCUGAAAAUAAAAAUCGAGAAUUAGUAGUGACUCCGAAACGACGAUUUAUUAUUUUUAUCCAUAAAAUUGAGCUGAAAAUAAAAAUCGAGAAUUAGUAGUGACUCCGAAACGACGAUUUAUUAUUUUUAUCCAUAAAAUUGAGCUAGAAAUAAAAAUCGAGAAUUAGUAGUGACUCCGAAACGACGAUUUAUUAUUUUUAUCCAUAAAAUUGAGCUGAAAAUAAAAAUCGAGAAUUACUAGUGACUCCGAAACGACGAUUUAUUAUUUUUAUCCAUAAAAUUGAGCUGAAAAUAAAAAUCGAGAAUUAGUAGUGACUCCGAAACGACGAUUUAUUAUUUUUAUCCAUAAAAUUGAGCUAGAAAUAAAAAUCGAGAAUUAGUAGUGACUCCGAAACGACGAUUUAUUAUUUUUAUCCAUAAAAUUGAGCUGAAAAUAAAAAUCGAGAAUUACUAGUGACUCCGAAACGACGAUUUAUUAUUUUUAUCCAUAAAAUUGAGCUAGAAAUAAAAAUCGAGAAUUAGUAGUGACUCCGAAACGACGAUUUAUUAUUUUUAUCCAUAAAAUUGAGCUAGAAAUAAAAAUCGAGAAUUACUAGUGACUCCGAAACGACGAUUUAUUAUUUUUAUCCAUAAAAUUGAGCUAGAAAUAAAAAUCGAGAAUUAGUAGUGACUCCGAAACGACGAUUUAUUAUUUUUAUCCAUAAAAUUGAGCUAGAAAUAAAAAUCGAGAAUUAGUAGUGACUCCGAAACGACGAUUUAUUAUUUUUAUCCAUAAAAUUGAGCUAGAAAUAAAAAUCGAGAAUUACUAGUGACUCCGAAACGACGAUUUAUUAUUUUUAUCCAUAAAAUUGAGCUAGAAAUAAAAAUCGAGAAUUAGUAGUGACUCCGAAACGACGAUUUAUUAUUUUUAUCCAUAAAAUUGAGCUAGAAAUAAAAAUCGAGAAUUAUUAGUGACUCCGAAACGACGAUUUAUUAUUUUUAUCCAUAAAAUUGAGCUAGAAAUAAAAAUCGAGAAUUAGUAGUGACUCCGAAACGACGAUUUAUUAUUUUUAUCCAUAAAAUUGAGCUAGAAAUAAAAAUCGAGAAUUAGUAGUGACUCCGAAACGACGAUUUAUUAUUUUUAUCCAUAAAAUUGAGCUAGAAAUAAAAAUCGAGAAUUAGUAGUGACUCCGAAACGACGAUUUAUUAUUUUUAUCCAUAAAAUUGAGCUAGAAAUAAAAAUCGAGAAUUAUUAGUGACUCCGAAACGACGAUUUAUUAUUUUUAUCCAUAAAAUUGAGCUAGAAAUAAAAAUCGAGAAUUACUAGUGACUCCGAAACGACGAUUUAUUAUUUUUAUCCAUAAAAUUGAGCUAGAAAUAAAAAUCGAGAAUUAGUAGUGACUCCGAAACGACGAUUUAUUAUUUUUAUCCAUAAAAUUGAGCUAGAAAUAAAAAUCGAGAAUUAGUAGUGACUCCGAAACGACGAUUUAUUAUUUUUAUCCAUAAAAUUGAGCUGAAAAUAAAAAUCGAGAAUUACUAGUGACUCCGAAACGACGAUUUAUUAUUUUUAUCCAUAAAAUUGAGCUGAAAAUAAAAAUCGAGAAUUAGUAGUGACUCCGAAACGACGAUUUAUUAUUUUUAUCCAUAAAAUUGAGCUGAAAAUAAAAAUCGAGAAUUAGUAGUGACUCCGAAACGACGAUUUAUUAUUUUUAUCCAUAAAAUUGAGCUGAAAAUAAAAAUCGAGAAUUAGUAGUGACUCCGAAACGACGAUUUAUUAUUUUUAUCCAUAAAAUUGAGCUAGAAAUAAAAAUCGAGAAUUACUAGUGACUCCGAAACGACGAUUUAUUAUUUUUAUCCAUAAAAUUGAGCUGAAAAUAAAAAUCGAGAAUUAGUAGUGACUCCGAAACGACGAUUUAUUAUUUUUAUCCAUAAAAUUGAGCUGAAAAUAAAAAUCGAGAAUUACUAGUGACUCCGAAACGACGAUUUAUUAUUUUUAUCCAUAAAAUUGAGCUGAAAAUAAAAAUCGAGAAUUAGUAGUGACUCCGAAACGACGAUUUAUUAUUUUUAUCCAUAAAAUUGAGCUAGAAAUAAAAAUCGAGAAUUAGUAGUGACUCCGAAACGACGAUUUAUUAUUUUUAUCCAUAAAAUUGAGCUGAAAAUAAAAAUCGAGAAUUACUAGUGACUCCGAAACGACGAUUUAUUAUUUUUAUCCAUAAAAUUGAGCUAGAAAUAAAAAUCGAGAAUUAGUAGUGACUCCGAAACGACGAUUUAUUAUUUUUAUCCAUAAAAUUGAGCUAGAAAUAAAAAUCGAGAAUUACUAGUGACUCCGAAACGACGAUUUAUUAUUUUUAUCCAUAAAAUUGAGCUAGAAAUAAAAAUCGAGAAUUAGUAGUGACUCCGAAACGACGAUUUAUUAUUUUUAUCCAUAAAAUUGAGCUAGAAAUAAAAAUCGAGAAUUAGUAGUGACUCCGAAACGACGAUUUAUUAUUUUUAUCCAUAAAAUUGAGCUAGAAAUAAAAAUCGAGAAUUACUAGUGACUCCGAAACGACGAUUUAUUAUUUUUAUCCAUAAAAUUGAGCUAGAAAUAAAAAUCGAGAAUUAGUAGUGACUCCGAAACGACGAUUUAUUAUUUUUAUCCAUAAAAUUGAGCUAGAAAUAAAAAUCGAGAAUUAUUAGUGACUCCGAAACGACGAUUUAUUAUUUUUAUCCAUAAAAUUGAGCUAGAAAUAAAAAUCGAGAAUUAGUAGUGACUCCGAAACGACGAUUUAUUAUUUUUAUCCAUAAAAUUGAGCUAGAAAUAAAAAUCGAGAAUUAGUAGUGACUCCGAAACGACGAUUUAUUAUUUUUAUCCAUAAAAUUGAGCUAGAAAUAAAAAUCGAGAAUUAGUAGUGACUCCGAAACGACGAUUUAUUAUUUUUAUCCAUAAAAUUGAGCUAGAAAUAAAAAUCGAGAAUUAUUAGUGACUCCGAAACGACGAUUUAUUAUUUUUAUCCAUAAAAUUGAGCUAGAAAUAAAAAUCGAGAAUUAGUAGUGACUCCGAAACGACGAUUUAUUAUUUUUAUCCAUAAAAUUGAGCUAGAAAUAAAAAUCGAGAAUUAGUAGUGACUCCGAAACGACGAUUUAUUAUUUUUAUCCAUAAAAUUGAGCUAGAAAUAAAAAUCGAGAAUUAGUAGUGACUCCGAAACGACGAUUUAUUAUUUUUAUCCAUAAAAUUGAGCUGAAAAUAAAAAUCGAGAAUUAGUAGUGACUCCGAAACGACGAUUUAUUAUUUUUAUCCAUAAAAUUGAGCUAGAAAUAAAAAUCGAGAAUUACUAGUGACUCCGAAACGACGAUUUAUUAUUUUUAUCCAUAAAAUUGAGCUAGAAAUAAAAAUCGAGAAUUAUUAGUGACUUCGAAACGACGAUUUAUUAUUUUUAUCCAUAAAAUUGAGCUAGAAAUAAAAAUCGAGAAUUAGUAGUGACUCCGAAACGACGAUUUAUUAUUUUUAUCCAUAAAAUUGAGCUAGAAAUAAAAAUCGAGAAUUCGUUGUGACUCCGAAACGACGAUUUAUUAUUUUUAUCCGUAAAAUUGAGCUGAAAAUAAAAAUCGAGAAUUAGUAGUGACUCCGAAACGACGAUUUAUUAUUUUUAUCCAUAAAAUUGAGCUGAAAAUAAAAAUCGAGAAUUAGUAGUGACUCCGAAACGACGAUUUAUUAUUUUUAUCCAUAAAAUUGAGCUGAAAAUAAAAAUCGAGAAUUAGUAGUGACUCCGAAACGACGAUUUAUUAUUUUUAUCCAUAAAAUUGAGCUAGAAAUAAAAAUCGAGAAUUAUUAGUGACUUCGAAACGACGAUUUAUUAUUUUUAUCCAUAAAAUUGAGCUAGAAAUAAAAAUCGAGAAUUAUUAGUGACUUCGAAACGACGAUUUAUUAUUUUUAUCCAUAAAAUUGAGCUGAAAAUAAAAAUCGAGAAUUAGUAGUGACUCCGAAACGACGAUUUAUUAUUUUUAUCCAUAAAAUUGAGCUAGAAAUAAAAAUCGAGAAUUACUAGUGACUCCGAAACGACGAUUUAUUAUUUUUAUCCAUAAAAUUGAGCUAGAAAUAAAAAUCGAGAAUUAUUAGUGACUUCGAAACGACGAUUUAUUAUUUUUAUCCAUAAAAUUGAGCUAGAAAUAAAAAUCGAGAAUUAGUAGUGACUCCGAAACGACGAUUUAUUAUUUUUAUCCAUAAAAUUGAGCUAGAAAUAAAAAUCGAGAAUUCGUUGUGACUGCGAAAGUAAAUUUUUGCGAUAUUGUUUUUGUUCGUUCAUGUGUUAUCAACUUUUGAGAAAGUCAAUUUUGUAAUCAGACGUUUCUGAAACAAUAGAUUUUUUCCCCUGUAUAAUUCACCUGAAUAAUUUCUUGCAGUUCUGCCUCGUCUCUCCUUCAGCCAACGAAGUCUCACCGAUCUACACGGGCUAUUUGGAUGGUGUCAAAGUUGUCGAACAAUAUGCCGAUCGUUUCAUCCCGAAAUCCUACGGAUAUCUGAUUUUGGCACCACAGGAUUUGGCACCAAAAACCGCUCUUUUUCAAGGUAAAUAUUGAAUGGAACUACGAAGAAAAAACUUUUUUUCUACUGUUUCAAAAAACUUUGAAUUAAUUUUUUGGAAAACUUGAAUUUGAUAAUGUUUUCUUCUUAGUGCGAAUCUGAUUUUUGGUCCAAUUUUUGAUUUGGAAUUUUAGGCCACGAACUAGAUUUUCUUAUUUUCUAGGAAUGAUUUCAAUGACACAAAUGUAUAUAAUCCGCCUAAAUGAAACACAAAUCGGAAAAUUGGCAUUCGAUUGUUAUGAGACAUUGAAAAACGGCGAAGCGAAUGGAUUUGGUGCCGAGAAUUUGGAGAUUUUGAAAUGGCAAAGUAAUUUCACACGAGUCUCAUCGAAUAAUCCAGGAGUUUAUACGGAUCCGGCUGGAAUUUGUGGAAGUGUUAAAUGUAUGUUUGGAAGACAGUUUUCGAAAAUAUCGACUGGAUGUGGUGAGUUUUGGUGGGGGUAGAAAAAAUGGGUGAAUUAUUUCGGGUUAAGCCUAAGAAUUUCGGAUAAGCCUAAGCCGAUUAAUUAAGCUGAAGCCUGAGCCUUAUUGUUAGAAGUUUGGAGAACCUAAGGCCUAAUAGUUGGGUUGAGCCUAAGCCUACGAUUUUGAUUAGGCCUAAGCCUACGUAUUCUGGUAAGGCUACGCCUAAGCUCAAAAAAAAUGUAUUUUCUUAAAAUUCCCUCCUCUCUCAUCAAAUUUUGUUUCCAGAAAAAGAUCGUAUUCCACCAAGUGUCUCGAAAUGUCCCACCCAAACCAUCUCAAUUCUAACACCAUCCACUCGCCAGAAAUACACUACAGUAACCUGGCGCGAAGAUCAAAUCGCGUUUUUCGACAAUAUCGGAAUAGUUCGAAUAACUUCGAAUUAUGUGAAUGGACAACAAUUUGCGAUUGGAAUUCAUACGGUCAGAUAUGUUGCAUUUGACGCGGCUGGAAAUUCGGCGACUUGCGAAUUUCGCAUUGUUGUCGCCAAUCGCAAAUGUCCUACGAAUGUUGUCGCCGCGAAUGCGAAUAUUGAAUUUGUUCCAAUCGCAAGCGACUCAGAAUAUUCGCAAGAAGUCGCGUUGGUCAAUUGUGAGGAUCCACAAUAUUGCGACGCUGAUUCGCCGCGAUUCUAUGUUUGCGAUUUGUUGGGCAAUUUUGAGGCGGGUGGCGAUGUCGCAAGUGACAAAUAUUAUCUUCCGGGAUGCGGAAAAACUACGACAGCUCGACAAAUUGUGAAUGGAACUAUUGUGUCGACAGAUGGAGAGAGUUGCGAACAGGUUUCGGCGAAACUGCGACAGAUUUUGUGGACAUCGAUUGAUUGCGAUGCGGCAAUGUGUCGCUUGCGGAUUUUGCCGCCGUGUGGAAAUUCUGAUAGGUUUGAGGCGGUGGAAUCGAUUGCGUUGCAGUAUGAAUUGGAGACACAGUGGGUUUUUUUACAUUUAAUUUUUUUACGUUCAAGUUUUCAUUGUUUCAAAUUAUUUUGAAACAGUGAAGACUAAUUAGUUUCAAAUGUUAUCUUAAAUUUUCCUUACGAGCACAAAAAUUUGAGGAAAAACAUUGACUUUUAAAAUUCACAUGUUCAACUUUUUUCAGUGCCAAAAAACCUAACCUGAGCAAUACUACCGUAUGUAUCAGUUAAAAAUCACAUUGCUCAGGUUAACUUACGUUUGAAAAAGUUCAAAAUUCAUUUCCAGACAAUCGUACAUCUCGCUGGCUCCGAUCGUCCUUCAAAAUCUCCGUCAAAAUUUCCAACUCGUUCGCCAAACCUCUCAAACUUCCUGUAACUCAACUCAUCCAAUCCUUCAAAAUAUCUCAAAUUCAAACUCCACAUUUUGUAUCUCUUGUCCACCUGGAACAUCUGCACAAAAUGAUACGUGCCAAGAAUGUCCACAAAAUACGUAUCGAUCUGGAAAUGAUACUGAAUCCGAGUGUCAAAAAUGUCCAAAUGGUACUGUUACCUUAUCAACUGGAUCGAUUAAUAUUUCAGAAUGUUAUCAAAAUUGCCCGAUUGGUCAAUUUUUUGAUAUCUCAAGUUCUGUUUGUCAAUUUUGUCCAAUUGGAAGUUAUGGUAACUCAGAAGGUCUGAAAGACUCUUGUAUUUCUUGUGAUUCUGAUUUAUCAACAAGUUCGAUUGGAUCAAAAUCAGUUGAAGAUUGCGCUGUAACUUGUGAAAAAGGAUACGAAAUGGUUGAUAAUAUUUGUCAGCCUUGUGUUAUUGGAUUCUACAAAAAUCAAACCCGCGGGCCAUGUUUACAGUGUCCUCGUGGACUUACGACAACUCGAACUGCUUCGGAUGAUAUUGGAAAUUGUGAUAUUCUUGAUUGCCUUGAUUUGAACACAUAUAGAAAUACAAAUCUAUCCGAACCGAUUCCCUACACAACACCUUAUAGUUUUCUUUGCCCUUGUUGUGAGCAAGGAACAUUUCAAAAUUUGACGAAUCAAGACACGUGUUUAUCAUGCAGUGAUUUGAAUGAGGAUGAUGAAGAUGUUCCGCUAACUUGUCAAUCGACUUGCUCGCCGAGCACACCUUUGGCUGGAUGUAAUUGUCAAUUGCAGACGGGAAGCAAGUUGAGAAAUUGUUUGGUGGAAGUGGUGAGUGUGGGCGAAGUGGAAGGGGUAGAAGAUUUACUGAUUUCUGAAUUGUAUUUUGAGCAUUUCGCGCCAAAAAAUACACCUUUUUUGAGACGAAAUUUGUCCAGAUUAGAAGUACUGUAGAUUUUUAGUGAAUUGGGUUUUCAAGCGCUAAUUGAUCUACAAUUGUGUUGUAUCUAAUUUCGAACUAAAUAAAUAUAAAAAUAAAUAAAAGCUACAGUAAUCCUAUUUUUCGAGCCACAGUAACAAUUUUGCGGGUAAAUUUGAUCUACAGCAGCUCUAAGUUUUGAUCAACAGAAAUCCAAACUUUUCGCUGAAAAUUGAGCCAAUUUCUUACAACCUCUUGAGAACUCAACAAUUCCAGCACGAUUCUCCGAGCCACGCUUCGGCCAUCGCCAUUGUUCUUCCCAUCGUAUUUGGUGUUCUCUUGGUGAUCAUCGCCACAAUUGCCUAUUGCCUUCGGCGACAAAUUUAUGCGUGGUGUCGAAAAUCCGAACGAAAUGACAAUCAAAAUGUGCGGCCUGGAAUUUGGAAUGAAAAUCAAAAUGAUAAUAAUAAUUAUCACGAUAAUUAUGGUGCUGAAAUUCAUGCUGAAAAUCAACCGGAAAACGCACGUCAUAUCGCUCAUAUUCCCCGACCGAAUCUGAGAAUUGUCACAAAUCGAGCCGAAUUAGAUCAACUUCCACCGCUUCCACUAUCGUCGAGUUUAUCAUUUCCGAAACCCGAAGUUGAUAGUUUUCAGCGACGAGUUCAUAUUUUGACGAAUGGAAAUGCCAAGAAUAAUAGUUCGACGAGAGUGGAGAGAAGGAAAAGCAGCGACGACGAUGAAUCCAGUUUGGACUCGUUUUUCUAG